CAACUGCUGUUUCUCUGCAGGAGCAAUGGCUGCUUUCGUAAGACACAAUUUAACCUUACAAAUUCCAAAUCUUCUGAGACGAUAUGGUUGUAGUUGUCGUAAUCAAAUUCUUAUUGCCGCAAAUAACAAAUGUUGAAUUUUUGGAGACGCACACAUUCUGGUUUAGAAAUAAGUAUAAUGAAAAAGAAGCAGUUAGCACAUUUGUAGGAUCGGCAUUUUGUUUAAUUUCAGUAUUGAUAAUCAAUUAUUUAAAAAAAUAUUUUAACAUAAAAUGCUGCAAAUUGAGUGAAUUUGUUUUUGUGUUAUAUUAUAAAAUCACACGUAUUAUGAAGUACUUUCAUAACUACUUAAAUCAGUUUGAAUUGGAAUUAUCUUACAAAGUCACAAUCGUGUUUUCUUUUUAUUAAUCAGUCAGGAGAAUAAGGUUUAUUGUCAUCUACUUAUGUCAACGUGAUGGCAUGUGUAAGAUGUAAGUGCAUUUCUGUGGUAAUUGGAUACAGCUGUGAACCGAUACAGUAGGCUACAGUGCUGGUGCAGAUUUAAACCAAUAAGAAAUGGACUAUAUAACAUUUCUAAUGUGGAAACAAUGGAUAAGGCUCAGUGAUAGGGUUGGUAUGCUUACCACUGGAGAGCAGUGCUUUAACUCUUGUUAAAAAUCCAAGACUUUAAUCCUAACCUAGCUUGCUCUCCACCAUCAGUAAUUGUACAAGGGAGGUGGACAUGCUAUGCUUUACCCCUCUAAUAAGUGACGGAUCUCCAGACCGCUUCCAGAGUGAUAGAGACAAGGCCGCAGACUUAGGAGCCAUUAAGGACCCUUCCUUACCUUUGAAUCCAUGAAACUCACCUUUUACGCAGAUCUCUCGGGAGGUACCCUUGUUUAUGGAAGAUCACGUCCUUACCAUAUGCACCAUAUCCAAUAUCGCUGGCACAUGGCGCACAUCCUCAUCGUCCUUAAUGGAAAAGAAAAGCAUACAUGAACGAAGCAAAGGCACUGUUGUUGGCUUUGAGUGUCCACUAGGACUCAGUGGAACCUAUGAGGACCAGUGCAGCAGGCCAGGAACUUUACAAGUGUAACCCAGCAAUGGUAAAACCUUUUAGCCUUUUAUAGUCCACACCAGACGUUUUCUGCAGUCAACUCCACCUGACGGGGAGCUCGGCUCUCUAUAGGUGUGGGUUUACCUGGUUCAGUGUUAGUUAGCCUUUUAAUUGAUUGCAUUAUGUAAAACAUCAUAGAUUUGUAACUACCACCCUGCUAUGUUUACAUAUGGGUUAAUCCAGCCUCUAGUGGCUGUCUCAUUGACAGCCGCUAGAGGCGCUUCUCACUGUGAUUUUCACAGUGAGAAGACGCCAGCAUCCAUAGGAAAGCAUUGAAUUGCCGUGCAUGCGCAUUCAGCCGAUGACAGCGAAAAGGAAGAGAGUUCCCCGCGCUAAGGGAGCCCGGCGGGGGAAAACAGGUAAGAUUUAACCCCUUCCAUCCCCUAGGGCCCGGUGUGAGGGGGGCCCUGAGGGUGGGGGGGGGACCUAGAGACCCUAUAGUGCCAGGAAAACUAGUAUGUUUUCCUGGCACUAUAGUGGUCCUUUAAAUACAUCUAUCAUAUGCAGGCUUAAACUGCUUACUCAUUCCACAUGAAUCCAAAGUACUACAUAUAUCACAUACAGGUUACAGAGUAGGUAUAUUAUAUACACACCUUCUAGGUCACAGGUGGAAGUAACUGGGGUCUAGGAGAAUAUGAGCAGAGCUAGAUGAGUGAUAGCUUGAUAAUAACAGAAAUUAAAAUGCUUUCAGAGUUGAGGCUAUACCCACCUCCUAUACCCAUUGUAUACAUACUGUGCUCCACAGACAAAACAGACACCUUCCCAACUUACUUCAGUCAACCACAUGCACUAUUUCCUUCCCAGCACACAUUCUGUCAACCAAUCAGAGUGGAGAAUACCUUCUAAGUUUAUAUUCUCUUACCCAACCAAAGGAGACAGACACCUCAUUUACUCAUCACUUCUUUUCAUCCAAUUAAAGAGAAGAAACUUAGUAUCACUCUCACUGACUAUCAGUUUAUUUUUCUACCCUUCUUAACUUUUGUGAACCAAUAGGACAGAUAUUGCCAGCUGAGAUCCUGUCACCCAGUCAGAUAGGGACAUCUCCUGUAUUUGGCUGUAUUGCUGCUUCUUUCAAGAGACUGUAAUUCUGCACAAGGAAGAUGCAGUCCAUAAUUAUGAAGCAGCUCUGUAAGCCCCUAUUAUAAAAUCAUUAUGAAAUACUCACAUUGACUGAGUUGGAAUUUCACUGAAAUCUCAACACAGUAAAAAGAUAUACUGAGAAAAGUAGGGACUACUUUGUCUUAGUAUUUCUCCUACGCUUGACAAAAAGGCAGAGCUACCUUUUGUCAAGCCUUGUCAAUACAGAUGCCAUUACUAGUGAUGGCUGUAGGGACAAAGGCUCUGUCUAUGGAGGAUCUUGCGGGAUCCACCAUAGAGCUUAAUGUUGUAUUUUCGUGCAUGCGCAUGAUUGCGAGGCUGAUGCGGGCUCCUGGCAGCUAAAGCCCAAGUAGCUGAAGUGGACCGGCAGGAAGAGCAUGGUGUGAGGGACAGGUACAGAUACAGUUGUGCUCAAAAGUUUGCAUACCCUGGCAGAAAUUGUAAAAUUUUGGCAUUGAUUUUAAAAAUAUGAUCCUGAUCAUGCAAAAAUGUUUUAUUUUAUUGAAGGAUAGUGAUCAUAUGAAGUCAUUUAUCAUCACAUAGUUGUUUGGCUCCUUUUCAUAAUGAUAACAGAAAUCAAUCAAAAGUUUCCUUCCCCUUGAAUGUUUGGCCUUUUACAGACACACACGGUGACAUAGACAGGUUAAAAUGGCAAUUAAAUGUUUCCCACACCUGUGGCUUUUUAAAUUGCAAUUUGUGUCUGUACAUAAAUAGUCAGUGAGUUUGUUAGCUCUCGCGUGGAUGCACUGAGCAGGCUAGAUACUGAGCCAUGGGGAGCAGAAAAGAACUGUCAAAAGUCCUGCGCAACAUGGUAAUGGAACUUUAUAAAGAUGGAAAAGGAUAUAAAAAGAUAUCCAAAGCCUUAAAAUUGCCAGUCAGUACUGUUCAAUCACAUAUUAAGAAGUGGAAGAUUCUGGGAUUUCUUGAUACCAAGCCAAGGUCAGGUAAACCAAGAAAGAUUUCAGCCACGACUGCCAGAAGAAUUGUUCGGGAUACAAAGAAAAAGCCACAGGUAUCCUCAGGAGAAAUACAGGCUGCUCUGGAAAAAGACGGUAUGGUUGUAUCAAGGAGCACAAUACGAUCGAUACUUGACAAAAACUGAGUUGCAUGGUUGUGUUGCCAGAAAGAAGCCUUUACUGCGUCAAUGCCACAAAAAAGCCCUGUUAUAAUAUGACCGACAACACCUUGACACGACUCACAGCUUCUGGCACACUGUAAUUUGGAGUGACAAGACCAACAUAGAUCUUUAUGGUCACAACCAUAAGCGCUAUGUUUGGAAAGGGGUCAACAAUGCCUAUAGUGCAAAAUAAUACCAUCCCCACUGUGAAUCAUGUAAUUGAUGCGAAAGGGGGCAAUACACAAAUAUUAAGAACUAAGGGUAUGCAGACUUUUGAACAGGGGUCAUUUAAUUUUUUUCUUUGUUGCCAUGUUUUGUUUCAUGACUGUGCCAUUCUGUAAUAACCUAGAGUUAAAUAGGAAUCCCAUAAGAAAUAAAAGAAAUGUGUUUUGCCUGCUCACUCAAGUUUUCUUUAAAAAUGGUACAUAUAUUACCAAUUCUCCAAGGGUAUGCAAACGUUUGAGCACAACUGUAAGUAUAACUCGUUAUAUUAUACCGUUCUUGACCACUUUAAUGGUCAUUAUUCUAUUUCCCUGAUACUGUAUCUAGUGUGGUAGGGGUGAUGACCGUGUUUUUAAUAUUAUACGUGUGAGUUAACAAGAAAGACAUAAGACAUUUAAAUAAGAACCAUAAAGCAUAGAUCACAAGAAAAUACAUCUGUAUUUUGCAUAGGUUUUGUAAAGCAUAGAUCGCAAGAAAAGACAACUGUAUUUUUUUCUAAUUUAAUUAAAACCAUGUAAAGUGAACGUUGCAUAGGUUUUGUAUAAAAUAUGUAAAUGUGCUGUAAAGAAUUGCUACUACAAUGGUUCACUAUCCUCUCCACUGGGUUAAAUGUAUGUUAGCAGCUCUAAUGUAACACCAAUGCUCGCUUCAAGAUUAUAUCAGGGUUAUUUAACUAAAGUGAGAAUUGUCAAGAGGAGAAAGUGAUUCAAAUGAAAUUUUAAAUCUGAGGCCAAAAUAGUCGAACUAGAAGCAUAGCAGCCUAAGAUAUUUUUUUCCACUUUGACUAUUUUGGCUGUAACUUUGAAAUUCACUUUUUAAUUCCCUACAGUUCUCACUUGAGUAAAUAACGCCGUAGCAAUCUGACAUUCACUAGACCUGUGUUCUUGUCAAAAUGCUAACAUUGCAUUUCACUGAAACAGCAAUGUUUUAAAUUUCCACUCAAAAGGGAAAGGGUUUAGUCAACAAAACCACUUCAUUAGGAUUAAGUGGUUUUGAUGCAUAGUAUUCUUUUAACCCCUUCAAAUCACUGGUUAAAGGGACUCUCCAGUGCCAGGAAAGCAAAUUUUCCUGGCACUGCAGAUCCCCUCUCCCUCACCAGUGACUUACCUGUAUCCAGCGCUGAUGUCCCUUGGCGCUGGGUCAGGCUCCACCAACUCUUGUCGGCGGGGGAGACCUAAUGCGCAGCAAUUGCCGCGCACGCAUUACACCGUCCCAUAGGAAAGUAUUAUUCAAUGCUUUCCUAUGGGGAUUCCGGCGACGCUAGAGGUCCUCAUGCAUAGCGUGAGGACGUCCAGCAUCUCUUAAAACACUAAAAGUGUUUUAAGAACCCAGAAGCUCCUCUAGUGGCUGUCUCAUAGACAGCCACUAGAGGAGGACUUAACCCUGUUAGGCAAUUAGUGCAGUUUAUGAAAAACUGCAUUAAUUACACUUGCAGGGUUAAGGGUAGUGGGAGUUGGCACCCAGACCACUCCAAGGGGCAGGAGUGGUCUGAGUGCCUGGAGUGUCCCUUUAAGUAUUCAAAAUCAAAACAAAAAUAAAUGAACACUCCAAGCACCAUAACCAUUAGGGUCACCCAGGCACUGUUGCCCGCUUUAGAUAAUUCCUAUGGCGAACCAUAAAUGUUCUACCUGAGCUAAGCCCUGCAGUGCUCAGCUUAUUGGCUUUAAACACAAGCUUUACAUUCCAUUAGCAGUGCAUGUUUUGUGAUGUUCUUUGCGGUCAGCUAAUGCUCUCACUUAAUGAGCUAGCCCUGGCUUAGCUCAGGAGAGCUAACAAAAGCUGCUAUUCAUAGGAAGAAGUGGAGGCGGAGAGUAGAGCCUGGCACACUCUAUGUAAGAAGACCAGCCCUUGUGCUAUACAGCGAGCUGUAGUUGUUAUGGUGCUUUUGCAUGUUAAUUUAAUGCCAAAUGUGUUUACAUUUGUGUAAUUAAUCAUGACAUUUAUUGUUAUAGCAUGUAGGCAUGUUUAAAGAUUGGAAUAUUGCAACUCUCCUCACUAAAUGACAGAUAUAUCACUUACAUAGGUUUGUUUCGACUUUAAUGAAUAAGAUAAUUUCAUCAUCUGUCACUUUCAUGUCUCCUACAUUUUCUGAACACUUACCAGCUUGCACUGAGUCUACCAUUGUGAUAUAACAUUUAUUUUGUAUAGUUCCUAGUUUAGAGUGUUCCUAGAGGCAGUGAUUGGCAAUGCAUUAACACUGACUGACACAGACGGAACCUUUCUCUCUGGUUCUAGUUUCCCUUUCUGGGGGAGGAUUUGAUUAACGGACUUAACUCAGGCUUUACAUUCCACUGACAGUGAGUGCAUGUUUUGUGACGUUCGAUUUAAAGAACUCAGGGAGAUAAUGGAAACAGGGGCGUGGGGGUGUUGUAUGUUGGGAUGCCCUACUGAAGGAGUACAGGUUGCUAGUGGACUCAGAGAGGAACAUGUUUUGUGAAGGGCACUUUGUGUGUGACAGCUGCAAACGUGCAGAAGCAUCAUGUAACUGUUAGCUAAUACAUUUAUAUGGUCCAAUAAUUGUACUGUUCAUUAAAUUUAACCCCAAGCAAUUUUGUCUACUGUGCAAUUUAUUCUGUAGUGUGUAGCAAGUUGAUUAGUCCAAUGACUUGUUGUGAACUGCCCACAUUUAGUACUGUUAAAUAAAAUAUGAAAUCACUCUGCAAUGGGCAAGCCCUGUGUUUGACCAAUUUCCAAAACACCAUGGAACCUGUACAUGGGGUACAUUGUUGUACUUGUGGGACAUCACAAUAUACACAUAUGUGUUUUAUUGCAGUAAAAGCUAACAGUAUUAUGACAUAUGGUGAAAGUGUAUUUUAGCGUAUUUUAUUAUUUGCGGUUUCAUUCAGGUGUGAUUAAGUGGCACAUUAAGCAAAAUAACUAACUCGAAAUAGUAAAAGCUAAACUAAACUUUUACCCCCACAUUCUAGGUAAGACAAAUACUAUAUGAGUUAGUUAUUUUGCUUAAAUCACACCUGAAGUAAACAGCAAAUAAUAAGAUACGCUAAGAUACACAUUUAUCAGUGUUAGUUAAAAUGCAAAAUUUAGAAAAUAACAUUUCUUUAUUUCUCACACGUUUUUUUUAAAAUAAUUUUAUUCAUUCUUAAAUUAUGUUUCAUAUAUAAAUAUUUGAUGUGCAAUAAAAACCCUAUUUUUCUUGAAAAUUAUAUAUAUGUGUGGGUGCUAGAAAAGAGGUAGACAAGAGGUAAAAUAUAUAAAGGGAAUCAACACAGUAAAGGAGGAGACUAUAUUUAAAAGAAGAAAAACUACCACAACAAGAGGACAUAGUCUUAAAUUAGAGGGACAAAGGUUUAAAAAUAAUAUCAGGAAGUAUUACUUUACUGAGAGGGUAGUGGAUGCAUGGAAUAGCAUUCCAGCUGAAGUGGUAGAGGUCAACACAGUAAAGGAGUUUAAGCAUGCCUGGGAUAGGCAUAAGGCUAUCCUAACUAUAAGAUAGAAAGUAUUUAGAAAAUUGGGCAGACUCGAUGGGCCGAAUGGUUCUUAUCUGCCGUCACAUUCUAUGUUUCUAUGUUAAACAGACCUAUAAUGUCCUUAAGGGAUUAACCCUACAUUGCAGUUUCUACAGGACCACUGCACCCAGACCACUUAAUUGAGGUAUAGUGGUCUGGGUGAGAGGGGGGUGGGCUUAUGUUUCUUCUCUUCAAAUAAAUAUUUGGAAGUGUUAGAACAAAGUGGGCCUUUACCAAUGACAUAAGUGGUAAUAAAGUAAAAUGCACAUGCCUGUCAUGAAGGGGUUAAUAUAUGUUCAUAUGAAGGCAAUGCAUCGUAAUGUUUUAUAAUAUUUCAUGCCCAGGAUACUAUGUGCACCUGGCCUGGCUUGCUUUGCAUUCUGCCCCUGAAUGCUCUCAUGACUGUCAAGUCCCAAAAGAUCAUGUGCAAGUGUGGAAUGUGCUGCUUAGCAUUAGCAGCUGUGUACACACCUGUUACAAUACCUAUUAAAGUGGGAUAUUACAUUUUGAUAUAGGAUCUUUCAAAUCUAGUUGGUUGUGAUGGAAUUGUUCUGUCAUUGGUUCAUAAGGAGUUACGUAAUUCAUAAUUUGUAUAUUUACUAGCCAUUAGGCUAGCAUAAGAGUUAACAACAUGUAAUUCCAACGAAGUUUUGAUAAUGCCAAUCAUCUAGCGUAGCAGAAUUGAGUUGCUCUAAGUUUAUUUACAUGUAUUCUUUUAAGGUAAAUAUUUAAAUUAACGAAGCUCUGUCACCUUCUGGGUCUUUGCAUAUUUCCCCCAUGGGAAUCGCCAUCUUCAACUCGUGGCACAUAAUUCACCAGGAGCCCAAAUCUGUGCGGUACUCUUCUAUAUGCAUGUGUGAGAGUAUACUAUACAAGUACCAUAGAUGAGCAAUUUGGGGGGAAAAAACACCCUCAUUGCUGAUACUCCCCUUGUGUAGAAAUUCCUUAUGUCAUCAAACAAAAUUCUAGUAUGUUAUGCAAAAUAAUGUAUUGCAUGACAAGUAUAACAUAUGUAAUAAUCACUGGUGAAUGUCAGAUGUCAAAUAACAAGAUUCUUUUUACUGUAAAAGCUUCAUUACGAGCUGUAGGGUAGUGAAGUUCCCAGUCUAUUCAGCACAUGGAAUUCACAGACAAACUCGUCUUCUGUUUUUAUAACUUAAUUUUCCCCAAACAUGAUUUAUUUUUUGUUGUGUUUCUAGUGUUAGUGGUUAUUCUUUUACUAGCUUAGUGUGGCUGUGUGUGGAAACAACUCAAUAGUGAUCAUAACUAGUACGAGCCUUAUAGAUAUUUACUUUUCAGGUUUCUCACGUAGUUGUGAAGGUUAAGGCUUUUGUAAUUCUUUGAGUAGUAAACUUUGUAUCUGCAGAUGUCAAUGUCAUCCCUAACCUGUUUUUUUAUUAUUUUAGAUGGCAGCUGUUUCUUCCCGUUGCACACUCCAUGAGAUGGUGUUAAAGGCUGCUGCACAACAUGAAGACAGACAUGCAGUGUGCUUUCACCCCAUCAAACAACAGCCUUUAUUCCUUACCUAUAGAGAGCUGACGACCGUAUCUGGAGAGCUAACAGCAUUCCUAAAGUUGCACUGCUUAGAUACUGAAACAUGCAGAAUCGGUCUUUACUGCCAUCCAGGAAUACACUUACCAUGCUGGAUUAUGGGGUAAGAGCAGCUGUUUAUUUGACCAGAUUUAUACCUUUACCUAUUUUCAUUAGCAAACUUCAUUUUUAGAUAAAAAGGUUAGAUUUUAAAUUAUAGUUGUUGUCAUCUAACCUUAUUAUGUCAUUGCUUUAAACACAAUUUCUUGUGUUUCAUCUGCCAUUUGUCCAUACGUACAUCAUACAUUGCUGGAAAAAUUAAUUACACCAGCACAAAAUUUUGACAUAAAAAGGGAUCCAUGGAUAGAGGGUAAGAGGAUCAUUCCUACAGGAGGGCAAGCAAUGCAGAGUAUUGUAGAAUGAUAUACCUUCUAGGUGAUAUUAGAAACACAAACAAGGACAAAGCAGAAUGUGUUCACAUUGCGCUGCUUACUAAAGUCCGUUAUCAAGGGUGUAGAAUGACAUGUAAUCAGUUAAUGGGACCUGGGGACCCAGUAAAGUAAACCUUAGUUAAAUUAAUAUAAAUUAAGCUUUUUAAUGCUUUGUUUAUGCUCCUUGUACACUCAAUAUGUUUGGUUGCCAGUAAGAUCAGAAUAUAUUGAUAUUCUACAUCAAGCAUGUCAAACUGAAAGGCUAACAUGGGCCAAAAAAAGAAGGUUUAACUUCACGUGGGCCUCAAAAAAACCCUUCAGUUUUCAUAGAAACGUAGGUUUAUUUAGAAAAGAACGGUAUAAAAAAAGUUGCCUAACUGACACUGGAUGUCCUCUCGCUUGUAGGGCUUCAAUGUAAACAAAAGAGCAAAUUUAUUUUAAGGAGACGUGCAUUUGCAUAUAACCAAUGUUUCAGGAAAGCAUUGGGAGGCUAUUGUGCAUGUGUGGCAAAAAGCUGCGCAGCCAAUCAGCUUCUCCAUGGGGAGCACUCGGCGCCUCCAUGCAGACCCAAUGUAAUAUACUGCCCUUUUCCCCCAUUCUAAUACACUGCUUCUUAAUCUAAUACACUCCCUCCCCCCCCUCCGUCCCCACUGUGAUACACUGCCCCCUCCACCCAAUCUAAUACACGGCCCCUUAAUCUACUACACUGCCCCCUAUUUCACCCCCAAUUUAAUACACUGCCCCCUCUCCCACCACUCUAAUACACUGCCCCCUCUUUCACCCCCAAUUUAAUACACUGCCCCCUCUCCCACCACUCUGAUACACUGUCCCCUCUCCCACCACUCUGAUACACUGCCCCCUCUCCCACCACUCUGAUACACUGUCCCCUCUCCCACCACUCUGAUACACUGCCCCCUCUCCCACCACUCUGAUACACUGCCCCCUCUCCCACCACUCUGAUACACUGCCCCCUCCCCCUCUCCUACUGCCCCUCUCCACCACUCCUAAUACACUGCCCCUCUCCCACCAUCACACCCCCUCUAACUGGCCCCUCUCCACCCUCUAAUACACUGGCCCCUCUCCCACCACUCUAAUACACUGCCCCCUCUCCCACCACUCUAAUACACUGGCCCCUCUCCCACCACUCUAAUACACUGGCCCCUCUCCCACAACUCUAAUACACUGGCCCCUCUCCCACAACUCUAAUACACUGGCCCCUCUCCCACAACUCUAAUACACUGGCCCCUCUCCCACAACUCUAAUACACUGGCCCCUCCCCCACCACUCUGAUACACUGGCCCCUCUCCCACCACUCUAAUACACUGCCCCCCUCCCCCAAAUUAAUACACUGCUCACCUCCCCCCAAUUUAAUGCACGUGUCCCAUACCUAUCUCAAAUUAAUACACUGCCCUCUUUCUCCUUCAAAUUAAUACACUGCCCACUUCCCCAGUUUAACACACUACACAGGAAGGUCCCCCAAGCCCCUCUUCCCCCACCUUAAGAUGAGCCACACGUCCUCCAUCCAGUUCCAGCCCUGCUCUUCUCUGCUCAAGCAGGACAGACACUCCUCUGGCACUGCGAGCAGGAGGAAAUGGGGAGUGGCUGGCCUGCUUUGCAGACAGAUAGCGACUCUGCCCUCUUGCGGCCGCGAGAGCACGCGAUCGGCCGUUGGAGGGAAGACAAGAAUCAGACAGGAAAUAUCUUUCCUGUCUUGCGACUGGUCGCAGCCACAGCACAAAGUGGCCACAGGUCAGGUGGGCCACAAAUAUAUUUAUUGCGGGCCGCAAGUUUGACAUGCUUGUUUUACAUGCAAUUCAAGAGAUUGUUAUUUUUCUAUGGACCAAGUGAAGGGUGAACGGUGUAUGAUGCGAUCACUUGAUGCUAGUUGUUUUGUAUAUGGGUUUGUUAAACUCUGGUGAAAAUUUAGUAUUUGCUUAUAUCUUAGCACGUUUUCACGAGAAUCUCUGCUGUGUUCCCUUACACCCUGAAUACAUUCAGUUCGGCAAGGAGUGUACAUUUCUGCAUAUAUAAUCUUUGUACAUGCUCUUAUUGUGGUCUUCUUGGAAGCAGGAUAGGAGAUAAAAACCAGAGGGCACAACAUUUUUUAAGUCACUGCUAUAAGAGAAUUAAAAAAUCUGCUUGAAUAAACACAAAAUGCAGUUUAUCUAUCACAUGCGUGUACUAACUACUCCUGCAGGUUCUGAAGGUGAUCAAAAAUUGUCAAGAUUUAAAUUUUUUUACGUUUCUUUUUUUUUGUUUUAUGUAGUUUUUUUAAAAAAUAUUUUAUGUGCAUGCAUUUCUAAGUGGAAUAAUUGUCAUUUACUUGAAAGUAUUAAUUACUGAAAGACUUUUUGUGAAUAUAUAUUUUUUAAGUGUACAUUUUUCGUAGUUUGUGUUGUAUAGUUUAGUAUGCAAUAACAGUUUUUUUAUGCCAUGUUAAUGGAAUCCAUAAAAUAAUAUCAUUAGCUUAAUUUGAGUGGUGAUCUUCACAACAAAAAUGCCUUUAACACGCCAGAGCUUUGCUUUAUGUGUGACAUUUUAUAUACGGUUAUGGAUUUGUAUUCUUUUAUUUAUAGUAUUCUUUGUGUCCCUGCUGCAUACUGCCCGAUAGAUCCAGGCUCUCCAUCUCAUUUCACUUCUUCACUUAUGGAACGGGGUAAACUGAACUUCAUCCUGGUAGAAAACAACAAAGUAAAGGUUGGUGGGAUAUUGAUUACAUAUAUUUUAACUGACACUGACAGUCCCAGCUUAUUAUAAACAUAGAAUCUUUAUGGAAAAAGUACCUAGAACUAUAUUGCUAUGGAAAUUCUGUGCACUUCCUAUAACUUUUUAAAUGUAAUAAGGACCCUCACCCCUAGUGGAAGAUCAAUUUUAAAUGAGAAGCACUGCAUAGAGAGUUGAUUGUUUAAAGGGACACUUUGUGCCCAAACACAAAAUAAAAAGUAAAAAUUACAUUUCAGUUUUAAAAAUAACUGUAGAUAUACCCCAAAUUAUUUUUUUUUUUUUUUUUUUUUUUACCUUUGGGGUUUAUCUAAACACUGCUUGCAAUAGCUGUAGUUCUUUUUAAUAAAAAGUUUAGCACCAUAUAAACAUACCACAUGUUUUGCAUGUAAGCAGAUGUGUAUGUAGUCUAGAAAUAUUUAAAACAUGUAUUCUCCAUGUGCACAAUAUAUGUCUGUAUUUUAGUUUAAUAUUGGUGUCUGUAUUAAAGGAUUACUCCACUUGAUCUGAACUGGUUGUGAUGCUUGGAGUCUGUAUGUGCAGCUUUUCACUGUAAAACGCUGCACAUACAGAGUGUAAUUUUUUUUCUGCCAGAAGUUUAAAGGGACACUAUAGUCACCUGAACAACUUCAGCUUAAUGAGGUUGUUUAGGUGAGAACUAAAGCUCCCUGCAGCCUUACUCAUGUAAACAAUGUAUUUUCUGAGAAAAUACAAUGUUUACAUUGAAAGCUAGGAACACCUCCAGUUGCAGUCACUCAGAGUGAACCAGAGGGACUUCGGAGUUGAUGGAGGCAUAAUAUGCCUCCAUACACUCAGAUCUGCUGUCAGCAGAGCACAGGGCAGCACUGUGCACACCAUCCUGUGAUUCAGUAUCUCCUCCCUCUGCAUGCAGACACUGAACUUUCCUCAUAGAGAUUCAUUGAUUCAAUUCAUCUCCAUGAGGAGAUGCUGAUUGGCCAGGGCUGUGUUUGAAUCAUGCUGGCUCUGCCCCUGAUCUGCCUCUUUGUCAGUCUCAGCCAAUUCUAUGGGGAAGCACUGUGAUUGGAUCAGGCUACCACAUGUCAGCAGACUGCUUGUUUUUCUGAGUCUAACAGCAUGCAGAUUUACAGCUUCAGGCUUGAAUACAGUAAGAUUUUUUACUAUAUUUAUGGAGGCAUGAGGGGCCCAGGGGGGGCUAGAUGGUGGUGUUAACACUGUAGGGUCAGGAAUACAUGUUUGUGUUCCUGACCCUAUAGUGAUCCUUUAACUCCAUCUCUGGGAGUCAUUAGCCAUCUGGAAUUAGAGUUCUGGGCUGGAUAAUGCCAGCUCUGUGCAUAUUGAACAUCUAUUGGUAGCAUGCACAGCACAUUGCCCAUGUGUACAAUGUUGUCCCACCUUUGUGCUGCCCGUGUCCUCCAGUCAGCCUUACAUCAAUCCCCUUCCAGCAAGGGGUGUAACAUCAGUGGAGGAUGUUAGAGCUGGUGGGAGAUCCUGUCCUUAGCGCUGGAACAGAGGAACAUUCUAGCUUUAUUUUUUAAAACAUUUUUUAUUGGGGAUGGAGAAUGGCCAGCACAGCAAUGGUUGCUCUGACCUAAAACAGCAUGGCUGAUGUACCCCUUUAAAAUUAAAGGGACACUAUAUUCACCAGAACAACUACAGCUUAUUGUAGUUGUUCUGGUGAGUAUAAUAGUUCCCUUCAGGCAUUUUCAUGUAAAUGCUACCUUUUCAGAGAAAAGACAGUGUUUACAUUGCCCCUAGGGAUAUUGCCACUCCUCAGAUGGCCACUGGAGCGGCUUCCUGGCUCAGGGCUGCACAGUAGGCAGCCCUGCCGUUCAGCUUCUCCACACUCUGCAUGGAUUUGCUAAAAAUCUGCAUUGUCACCAAGGGGGCGGGGCCAGCACUGGCGGGCCCGUGGAGAGAUGAAAAUAAGGUGAGUUUUAACACAUUCUGAGGGGGCUAAGGGGGUGUGCAAGCCACCUAAAUGGUGGGUUUUCACUAUAGGGUCAGGAAUACAUGUUUGUGUUCCUGACCCUAUAGUGAUCCUUUAAAUACGGAAAGACAUUGGAACAGAUAUGUGGCAGGUAGAAAGAUUUGUAAGAUGCUGCCUGAAUGAAUUGAGUGGUACAAUGUACUCUAGCAGUCCAUGCAUGUAAUCCAUGUCACCUGUUUAACAGGCUUUCAAGAUGCACUUCACAGACUGGACUGAACAGGACUCUAAUCCAGUGCAGCACUUGGGUGUAACACUUUUUAAGGUUCCAAAAUAUAAGGAAGCAUGCUUAGAAAAGAGAAAUGGAAUUUGUGGGAAGCAAGCAACCAGUGCUGUGGAAUAUAAACAAGGUCACAUCUGCAAAGACAGCAUUGACAUUCGAGAAGAAUGUUUAGCUUAUAUACUGCAUACUUCUGGGACAACAGGGGCACCCAAAAUUGUAAGCGUUCCUCAUAAAUGCAUAGUCCCGAAUAUUGAACAUCUCCGGUAAGUUACUUUUUAAAAACCAUUACUAUACAUUCUACAUUCUGAUCCUCUAUUGCUGUACUCUAUUCUCUUGUAGAACUGUGCUUUUGUAUUGUCAUUUUAUAGUUGAUUUUGGUGAAUAUUUGAAAAGCUCUCCCUUAAAAUUGCACCUAGGUACAUGGCACAUCAAUGCUAACAUACAUAUUACUUGUAACCUUUAAAAAUUUCAGAAAAUAAGAAAAGACGGAACAUAAUCUGCCAUUGACUUGCUGAGAUAAGCUUAAUGACAGAUCUGUCAGAUUUAUCAAAUCCCCCACGUUUCUGUUUCAUAGCAACCAAAUAUCGUGUCUGUAUUUGGCAGUAAGAUGCAUUGUAUGCUAAAUUAAUUCAUUAUUGGUAAAGACUAUGUGCAAUCAUAUGACAUUUAAUGUGCUAUACAUUUACCUCAUCACACUUGUUUUUCUUCUUCUAGAUCAAUCUUUAACAUCUUGCCAUCUGAUCUCCUAUUUCUGGCCUCACCCCUGACAUUUGACCCAUCAGUUGUUGAGCUGUUCCUUGCCCUUUACAGCGGAGCGUGCAUUCUCAUUGUGCCUGAUCCCAUUAGAAUGAUUCCCACUAAGCUGUGUGAUGUUCUCUUCAAUCAGCACAGGGUGACAGUGCUUCAGGUAAAGUACAGCGCUGUGCAUUUGAUUUGCGAUGGGGUUAAUAAUGUUCUUUGGAGUUGUUUUACACUAAGUUGAAGUGUACCUCUCACUUUCAUAAAUCGAGUAACAGUUCAUGGGAACAGGUAUCCUUCUCGUGAGAUGAGAAAUUUAUGCCUAUACUAGUGGCACGGGUCCCUGUCAAAUGAAACCACCAGGAGCUGAAGAGAAACAUGGCAGGAGUGAGGGGAGAGGUUUCGGAAAGUGUCUAUACCUUCCCCUCCUCUCCUACUUUUGGUUUGACUGCAACCAGCAUUGACGAGCUCAGGGCAACCCACUCUUUAGGAUGACGUCACUCAUAAUUAGAGUGCGAAACAUCUGGAUCUGCACUGAUUGGUGCUACGUGGAGCACACUCCAUGCAUUGAUUCUCAUUUCUGCCGGCUCUGGCUCUGGAGCCUGCAGAAAGCCACUGUAGAUUUCUUCAAUGGACAGCCGAUGUCUAUUCUGCUACCAUCUUCAACCUGCCAUGCAAGACCAGGAUGUAAUCAGUCUCUUUGUAAUUAUAGUGGACACACUAAGCAUCCUUAUCAUUCAAACCUGGUUAUGAGAGUUUUUGCUUUGUGUGCUGUUCCUGUGAAAACUGUUAAGUCAUCCUCCUUGAAAAUGGUUCCAUGUGAUGCAUUGCUGCAUUGUGGUUUGUGACAAGUUGUUGUUUUUUUUUUCCUCUUUCACAUGAUAAAGGUAUAUUGCUAAGGAUUGGGUGAUUUAUUUGCACUAGAUGUAUUAAUUGUAUGGUAAUUUGGUACACUUAUUACACAGGGUAUGGUGGUUUAUAUGAGAUACAUAUUUCACUUGGAUUGGGGGCCAUGGGUUGUAUUAUUGAAUCUGUAUCGUAUCGGUGGCACUUUGUGUAAUGUCCAAGUUUCAUUAGGCCAUUAAAACUUUUUCUCAAUGAAGACGGGAUUGUAUUUCUUAAGGAUGUGUGGGACUAUGGUAUUGGGUAUAGAGGGACUAUGGUAUUGGGUAUAGAGGGACUAUGGUAUUGGGUAUAGAGGGACUAUGGUAUUGGGGACUAUGGUAUUGGGUAUAGAGGGACAAUGGUAUUGGGGACUAUGGUAUUGGGUAUAGAGGGACUAUGGUAUUGGGGACUAUGGUAUUGGGUAUAGACUGCUAAAGCUUACAUAGUUAUACAGUAUUUUUUAUUAAUUGCUGCUGCAUUUCUGAGCAGACAACUGUGUUGAAUUGUCCCUGUAUGUACAUUGUACAGUGAUAAUAGAGUUGAAUCUGAACCAGAAAAACUAGGGCUCUCUCACCUGCCUGUCUGAUAGUGUGGAAGUUAAUUUAACUUCUGCAUUAUUCUAUUCAGGGUUUUAGGUGAGGGGAUAGUUACUGCAACUAAAGAGUCCCUUCCAGUAUUAUUAUUGACCAUAUUGCUUGAUGGAUACAGUUCGCACUGCACAUGAGUCCCUCAUUAUUUUUCUUUAGCUAACACCAACUUUGUUGAGGAGGUUCGGAUCUCAUUCCAUUCGGUCAUCUGUGCUGUCCAGAGAUACAUCUCUUAGAAUUCUGGCUUUAGGUGGAGAACCAUUUCCAGCAGCACCUGUCCUAAGAAACUGGAGAGAACACGGGAACAAGACUAGAAUAUUUAAUCUGUAUGGCAUAACUGAAGUGUCCAGCUGGGCAACUUACUUUGAGAUUCCAGAGACAAUUCUUCUAAACACGCAGAUUGGGUGAGAGACGUAGAAAAAAGACCUUUAAAACUUCUAAUGUCUUUCUAAAAUAUUUCAUUUUGUAAGUUCUUUUGAACAAAAAGACAUCCAUGUUGCACUUAUAUAUUUAUACUAGGUAAUUAUUUUUAUAUUUGAAUAAUUUACACAAUGCAUAAAAUAUGUACACACGUGUAUAUGUAUGUAUACAUAUUUGGAAAAAAACAAAAAACGUAUAUAUACACACACUCCAGAAAAAGCAAAGCUCUUUCCAGCCAUUACACAUGUGAGAGGAGUGAUAUGUGUGUUAUUGCGUUCUCUACAAAACAUUUUUUGUUCUUCAUGUGUUGUUCUUCCACUUUUGCAGAGAUUUGGAGAUUACAACACCAAAAUAAAAAUAGGUCAAGAAACAAAGUACACUAAUAGACAGCUGUAUUCAUGGUGUCUUUAUCUAGUAGUUCUACUCCUGUACUCUAGUUAUAACUCUAUAGAUUUAUGUUCUUUUUUAGGAAUGAACCGUUGGUGCCCCUGGGAUUCUUAUUGCAUGGCACAAUAAUUGAAGUUCGGAAUGAUGAAGACUGUGCAGUUGAAAAAGGGGAAGGGCAAGUAUUCCUAGGUAACUGGACAAUGUUGAUUUCUGUGCCACCAGAUGAAUAUGUAUACACAUUUAUUAUAACUCAAGCACGUGUCCAAGUUAAAUAAUCUAGUUUCAACCAUUUUCUGUGACAUACUAGUGUGCUGAAAGCCACCACAAUGUGUGCCUUGAACAAACAGACUUUAGGGCUGUGACUUUAAAAUAUAAUUGUGUUUACUUGAUUAUCUGGCCAAAAAAAAAAAAAAGUCAAUACAGUCGAUACAGUCGAUAUAGCUAGAUGCAUAAGUGAUACAAGUUGCAUAUUUUUCUCAUAAGGUUACGAGUAAAUGUGACUUUAAAAACCUGAUGAAGGUAAAAAAGAAAAAAAAUCUAGUCCUUAAAAGGUUGGGAACCCACUGGUCUAGAAAAGUGAUUGGUUUACAUAUAUGUUCUAUUUUUCUUUCUCUGUUUGGGUGAGGGUGCAGAUGAUCAGAUGCACAUAGUAUGAAAUCAUCUAUUUUGACUGGCUAAUGCUUGAAUUACUCAGUAGGUUCUUUAUUAGUUAAAAGGAAAGUCUCAGAAUCAAAACCACUUCAGAUUAUUUGAAGGGCUUAUGGUGCGAGGGUAUCAUUGAUGCGGUCUUUUGUUUCAGUUACCCUUCACAGCUCUCAGCACACAUAGAGUGCUGAAAAUAAAUAAAGGCAUCCCUAUUUGGAUAUUCCAAUACGGUUACAACGAUGUGACAAAUGCAUCUUAAAGUGACUCUGUCACCUCAAACGUACCUUUCUCCUAUUGUUUCCUCUUCUUUCAGAAUCUGUUCUGCUUUUCUUCAUUUCUGAUUUAGUUCUCUUUUAAACAUAAGACACAGUAGGGACUACUUGUCUUGUGUAUUUUUCCUACACUUGAUAGUUGUGACAAAAGACUGGAGCUUAAGGCAAGCUCUACUUCGUUUUCUGGCAUUGAGCUCCACACUGUGUCAAGGUUGCCAAAUGUAGGAAAAAUACAUAAGAUAAAGUAGAUCCUAUUUUGUCUUAUGUUUUCUUGAGAACUAAAUCAGAAAUAAAGAAAAGAAGAACAGAUAAUAAAAGAUUAAGAAAUGAGGAAACAAUGGGAGAAAGGUGAAUUUGAGGUGACAGAGCAACUUUAACUCCAUGUUUAUAAGCUGUAAAUUCGUUCUUGGUAACACCAUUAAGCUGCUGUUGAUUUAUUCUUUCAAAAGGUGGGCAAGAACGAGUCUGCUUUCUAGAUGAAGAAGUGGUUUUGCCAUAUGGAACCUUGAGAAACACUGGAGACUGCGUGACCAUAAAGGAUGGGGAAAUGUUUCUGUUGGGACGGAAAGAUAAUCAAAUCAAACGUCAUGGGAAACGGCUAAAUAUGGAAUAUGUACAGCAGGUAAAUGCAUGAAAUCCAUUUUGAACGUAAAAACAUGUGUUCCUAACCUCGAAUGUAACCCCAUUUAAAGCCAGUUGAAGAAUAAUCUGUUAAAAGGAUGCUGCCUAUAAUGCGAUGCUAUGGGUGCUAAUCAUUAAAUUAUUUAAGAGACAAUUGGCGUUGUUUAAUAAACCAGGAAGCUGGAGAAAUGUUAGUCUUUUGUCUAUAUAUUGUCACUUUCAUUUAAUUAUACUAUGUCUGUUAUUUCUCCAUUCACUGUUUAGUGAAUAAUCCUAAUCAGAGCAUAAAGGGGAUGACUUUAACAACAACCCAGGUUUUGAUUGGGUGACAGCCAGUGUGGUUUGUAAUAAAGGAAUUGCACAUAUUAAGUAAAAUAGCAAUUUUAAUCUACACAACUGACUGAACUUUACCUGCCUCCUCCUGGCCACCGGCCAUCAGAACCCCAGUGGUGAUGUCUUUAAGAAUUCUGCAAAGUUCCCAGACGGUGACAGUGCCACUUUAAGUGAUAUUUAAUGAUUUGGAAAAUUGAAUAUAUAUUAAAUAAUAUAGAAAUAAUCCUCAUUUUCUCAAGAGUGACUAUGAUAGAGUGGACAUUAUUACAGUGUGAUUGUAAAACUGUCUGCAAAUGCUUUGAUUAAAAGCUGUACUUCACUGGCUUGCUAGAUCCAUACCUCAUCAUUCUGCCCAGCUACCAUAAUUUCUUACAAGUAUGGGACAGAAUUAGACCCGGCUUUGCCUGAGCUUUGAGCCCAUUUCCUCUCUCUCCGGUGUUGUGUAAUUGCUUCUUUCCCCCAGGUAUGAGAUCUACAGAGUUCAGGAUCCUGGGAGAUAUGGGGAUAAAGCGAUAACUCCAUCUAUGGAUGGAAGGAAUAGUCUCCUCCUUUUGAGAUUUGCAGUCUAAUUCCUACUUAUCUAAUAAAGAUUUUGAUAACUUCAAUUUAGGUACUUUGCCCACUCUUCAAGGAUAAAACAGGCGACUUAGGUGGCACUUACCUUGUUUGAUCAUUUGUGUGUGCGAGACUUGCACCAGAAGGGCUUUAUUUCCCUUAUUUACAGUCUUCUCUCAUCUCACUCUGCUGAGUGGGGUGUGCUUUGCUAUAUUCAUCAAUUGGGAAAGGCAUCUUGUGGAGGGGCUGGUGGGUUCUUCCAGGGAAGACAUAUGGAAGCCUGCUGCAAAGGUUAUUGUUUGUGUGACUUCCGAGGAACACAUUUAUAAAAUCUUGAGAUCAUAUUAUACCCAAGUACAGUAAUAUCAACUGGGUAGAACUCUAUAGAUUUAUGUUGGAGAGGGUUUAAGUUCCUUGGGUUAUGUUGAGAUCGUGAUAGCAGAAUGACCUAUGGGUCUUCAUCCUUUUAAUAAAUCUGGUGGGCCAAUAUCCAUAGAAAGGGAAUACUUAGAUUUCUGCAUGUGACACCAGAAGGAUUUCAUUGUAUUUGACUGUUAAUCUUAGUCUAUAAUUCUAUUUGUGCUUAACAAAUAUUGUUUCCAGUGAAAGUAUUUCUCUUAAUUAUGUUGAUAUGUAAUUUCAGGUAGUAGAAAACCUUACCCAGGUGGAAACAUGUGCAGUAUCGUGGUUUCAAGCCAGACAGUUAAUCCUAUUUGUCGUACCCAGAGAGCCCGUAGAAAAGAAAACCUUAUGGAAGGAGCUGCGGACAUGUUUGCUGAGCUAUGCUGUGCCAGAUGGCUUGGUUCUGAUAGAGUCCUUGCCUUUUACAAAGCAUGGUAAGGAGCGAGAUCCUCUCAGACCAUUUCAAAAAUAAAUCACUUGCUUUGAAUUUAUUUUUACAGGGCACUUUACCAGGCUGUAUAACGUGUGAAAUAAAUUUUAGGAGGUUUUGGCAUUGGCGUCCAUGUCAUCAUCCAUGAAUAAAGAACCUAGAUUAAGUUACUGCAAACACUAAACCUCAUUUGGUUAAUUUAUAUAAUGAACAAAAGUUGGCUAUGAUAUGGACUUGUCCCUUUAUUUUCAAGGCUGCUGGAAGGUUUUAGCUUCAACGAGAAAAACAUUCCCAAGUAGAAUUAUGCUAAUGACUCACAGAGCCCUUUCUCAGUUUUGGUUAAAAGAUGAGACACCUUCACUAGAGAGAGAGAGAGAAACAAAAAACUCAGGGACAAUUUCUUAAAGGACCACUCUAGGCACCCAGACCACUUCAGCUUAAUGAAGUGGUCUGGGUGCCAGGUCCAGAUAGGAUUAACCCCUUUUUUUUAUAAACACAGCAAUUUCAGAGAAACAGCUAUGUUUAUAAAUGGUUUUUGAACACACAAAAUAAUGUGGAAUGAUGGCGCUAUAUAAUAAGUGAAUUUGUGAUUUUAGCUGCUAUAUACACUCCGUGGGUACUCCUUAUAACCCACCAUUCAUAGAUAAACACCAAAAAGAGAGAGAGAACUUUGGAUUUAGGUAGAUACUAUAUAUCCCCCAGAUCCCUAGUUUCUCAUGAGUGUAGCGCUGAAUAUAAAGAAUAUAAAGUGAAAAUUUCAGUGAAGGAAUAGUGCUAGAACACGCACUUACCCUAUAUAUUGUGCUUUAGUUUUCUUAAUGGUAUACCAAGAAAAAAGAACAUAAAAAAUACAAAUAAUAGUGUAGUAUAUUAAAUGAAUGUUGUAUAAAGUCUUUUAGUUGUAGAUGAUAAAUUGAAAUGAACUCACAUUUUUUAGAGCCUUUUCCAGUUAUAAGGCUCUAAAAUUCCAGGUGUCUGUGUCUUUUUUAGGGGUAGAUCACACGACCCGUCUCCCAAGAUGAAAAAGGGCGUAAAUUUCUCUCCACGUUGCAUAGAAAAGAGACACAGAUAUCCCCAAUCUAAAUGUAGUAUUUUAGAUACUGAUAUAGAUCAAUGUAAAUAAAAUACAAAAGUGCUCACCUUCUUUAGAGCCUCUGGUUACCGGCUCUAAGUAUUUUAGCCUAGUGUCAAAUUUAUAGGGAUGACACUGCCCCCUUCUUGGAAUCACUUGCGCAGAGUAUGAUUGAAUAGUAAAUAAAAUGUAUAUAUUUAUUUUGAAAACUAUAAAAAUGUAUACAUACUACUAGAAAAUAAUAAAAACAAUUACAUAAAAUAUAAGUAUAUUGGGUGGUCUAUUAACAGGUCCACCUAGUUAGCCAAAACGCGUUUCACCGAUCAGAACGGCUUCCUCAGUCAACUUCAAACAAUAUUGUGCAUCCAGUCUCCUUUUUAUACCUUCAAAUUUCCCGCCAGAAAUUUCCUCUGUUCGUUGGUUUAAUUGCGUCCAGUGUCUCCAGUAUGGCGUCACGUCACUUCCGCCCUUUGAUCCUACAAAUCCCAUCAUGCUUUGGGUUUACUGGCGUCACUUCCGGUUUUCGCGGGCAAAAAAAUGCCGUCGCGUCACUUCCGGUUUCAUGAACUACACGUCCCAUGGUGCACUGCACCUAAAUCUCAGUUCCUAAUAGUAGUAUUUGUUUCACUGUUGCCCCUUUUCUCUGAAGAUACAUUCCGAAUACAUUUAGAAAGUAAACACAUCAGUGAUAUGAUUUAUAACAUCAAGGAAAAAAUAGAAACAGUAAAAACAAUAAAAAAAUGGCAUUAUAUAUACAGCAAAAUAUCUGAUCAGUAUUAUAUUUUGAUGCAUUAAAGAACUUUAUAUAAUUCCAGUGUUAAAAAUAUAUAUUGCCUGGAAUAUUUAUAUGGUUCUAUAAUUGUGUAAUAAUUUAUUCUUAUAGUCAUUUACAGCUUAUUGGUGUACAGAUCCCUAUUUGGUAUAUUUCUUAGGUCCUACAGCAAUAAUAUGUAUUAUUAAUUAUGAUGUUUAGAAUUAUAAAAUAGUAUGUUUUUUAUAUGAAACAAAUUAAUUAAAAGAUAAAUAAAUUUUAAUUAAUAAACCAGACAUCUAAAAAAUAAUAAUUUUUUUGAAGAAUAAUAAUUAUAAAAAAUGACAUAAUUCGAAAUCUGCAUUCAAGCCUUGGGGGGUUAGAGUGUUUAAAUUAAAUAUCCAUUUUGUUUCUAAUUGACCUAAUUUUCUUAUUUCGUCCUCCCCUCGCCAAUUUAAGGUGACUUUUUGGAUAGCAUAAAAAUCUAAAAAUUGUGGAUCUUUGUCAUGUAUUAAUCUAAAAUGGUCUGAAACACUAUGUUUAUCGUAGCCCUUCUUAAUGUUCCGUAUAUGCUCAUUUAUUCUCACAUUCAAUGGGCGUUUCGUUCUGCCCACAUAUAAAAGAUCACAGGGGCAUUUUAAAAGAUAUAUCACCCUUUUGGAAAAACAAGUAAUCAUUUCCUUUAUUGUGUGUUUCUUUCCUUCAGCAAGAGGAAGAGUAGGUUGGAGCAGCAUUCUGUAGGGACUUGUAAGCAAGCACCAGAAUCUUAAAUUAAGCCCUAUAUCUAACUGGAAGCCAAUGUAGGGACUGACAGAUGGGGGGAGGUGCGGGCGGACAGGAAAAUGAUCCUUGCCGCUGCAUUCAUUAUAGAUUGCAGCGGUGCAAUCUGGGAACACGUAAAAUCAUUGAGUAGGGGAUUGCAGUAGUGAAGGCGAGAAAGAACGGUAUUAACCAGCACCUUAGCUGCGUCUGGUGUUAAAGGCGGAUGCGAGUUAUGUUUUUGAGAUGGAAGUGUCAGGAUUUGGCGAUCGACUGGACAUGAGAAGUGAAGGGAACACCUAGGCUGUGAGGUAGAGGUGAUGGUGGCACCAUUGACUUGACUCUCCCUGCGCUUUUUUAGUGUUUCUUUCUCUGGCUCUGCCUCUUCUCCCCAACUUCUCUCUGUUGGCGUUCCCCAAGGUUCUGUCCUUGGUCCCCUAAGGUUCUCCAUCUAUACUGCCUCCCUUGGUAAACUCAUCAGCUCCUUUGGCUGCCAUUAUCAUUUAUAUGCAGAUGACAUGCAAAUCUACCUGUCCUCUCCUGAUCUCUCUCCGCCCACCUUGACUUGUGUCUCUGACUAGCAAAGAACAAUGUAUAUGAAAUUAUGUUAUUUGUUGUCUGAUAUGUGGUGGACUUUAUGAGAAUGAGUUGAUCUAAACUGUAGAAUAAUGAAAAAAUGACAUUCCAAAUGAAACAUGCAUUUUGGUUGAAGUUGCUGCCUUCUGUUUUAUCGUAUAGGUAAAGUAGAUAUGUCCCAGCUAAAUCGGCUAUACACUGAUUAUGUAAAGGAAAGGAGGAUGGAUGGCUUGCUGCAACGUGAGGAUUUGUGGGAUGCUUUGGAGAACAUAUGGAAGGUAAUAUUAAAAUGUAACUGGCUGCAUAAUAAGCUAUGAAUAAACAAAGAGACUUAAUACAGAGGAGAAAUAAUAGGAAAUUGUCUAUAGACUAUCUACUAGGUACACAUAUGACUCCAUUAUACACGUAAAGUUUAGAAAACACAACAACUCUACAUGUACAGUACAUCUGACACUAGCAACGCCAUUCAGUAAUACUGGUUUAAAUAAAUACUAUUUCUAACAUCACUGAGUGUUUGCCAUUAAUUCUUUGAGGCACACAAAAUCAACACCUGCCGCUAAUUGUUUCUCUCUGCAAGACCGUAAGAAACCCUUGCAAAAUGGAGUAAUAUUUAUUUAUAUGGCACAACCACAGGCACCAGAUCAACUCCAUUAAUCGUUGAAAUAUGGUUGCUUUUUGCCUGUGCAGUAACUGUAAGUUUUUUUUGGGGGGGGGGGGGUUUAGUAAAAGUUGGGAUUACGUUACUUUAGCUUUCAGCCUGUACACAAGAAUUUAGAAAAUAUUUGGCGAAUUUAUUCAGAUUAUAUGUAAACUUUUUAUUUUUCAUUUUGCUUCUGUGUAUUUUUAGUAUUUCUGUUAGAAGUUGAUAUUCGUAAACACAUUUUGCAAACUGUUUUUAUUAUCUGCAAAAUGUUAAGAAAGUUACAUUUGUUCGUGAUGCAUGCUAUAAAAUAUGUUAAAGCAUGUUAACUGUUUGCUCUCUGGAAAUGCAUACAUUUUUUAAAAAUUUUGGUUUGACUCUUGUAGGCACAUUUUCACUAUAUUCAUAUGUAAUGCACGGUUUAUAUUUUGUAUAGCUUUCGAGUCUGAACCUGUAAUGCAUAUAUUGCACAUUUGUAGCAUUGAUUUGACCAAUAUCUUCUAUAGAUGAAUACAAUAUGUAAAUCAAUGUAUUUUCAUAGGUUUGUUGUGAACUCUUUGCUGUCUGUUCUAGUCUCUGCUAAGCCUUCCAGAUGGUACUUCUGCAGUUGAAAAUGAUUCCAUGUUUCUGCUCAGUGGUGGGGACUCUUUAAUGGCCCUCAGAUUCCAGGAAGAGCUUGAAACCUUGGUUGGGAAAUCUGUUCCAGGACUUCUGGAAGUCCUCUUGAAUGGCACCUUCAUGGAUAUUCACAGGCAGAUUUAUAAAUGUAUUUACCCGAUGGUUGAGAAGGCAAGCAUUGUACCACAUACCGAGAUAAACACCAUUAGGACACUUGAAAAGGGAAACCAUGCACAUAAAAGAAACGAGCCACGCUUAACAGAUCCUGAAAAACACAUCAAUUCAUUUAUAUCACUGAGUAGAGGAAAUCGGAUAUUUAUAAAUGUGCAUCUUGCUUCUGAGUCUCAUGCCCAGAAAUGUCAAUGGACAAAUGGAUCUUCUAUAGAAGUAGCAGAAUUUAUGAAGACCGAUGAUUUUAGAUCUGAAUGUAAAAGACAAAAAACUAACCAGUCAUCUUCAAGCUCAUUUAUGUCACAGGAUUCUGUGCUGAGUAGUGUAUUGGAAAGUCAAUUUUUUAUACGAGUAAGAUGGAAAUCUGAUACAGGCAAGUGUGUCGAUGCAACUCCCCUUCUAAUACAAUCAGCCAGCACAAGACCUUCAGUGACUGUGUAUAUUGGGUCACAUUCUCACAGGAUGCAAGCCCUUCAUCUAAAGUCUGGGGAAGUGAUUUGGGAAAGAGUCCUUGGAGAUCGAGUUGAGUCUUCUGCUGCUGUGUCAAGGUGUGGAAGCUUUGUUCUGAUAGGUACGUAUAGAACAGAAUCGUGUUGUUAAUGCUUUUUAUUUAAUACUCUGUACACACAGUGAAGUGAAUUUUACUUUCAAUAUUGUAGGUAUCUCCCUACAAUAACAAUGCUAAAAUGUAGCCUCUUAAUAAAAAAUUUACAUAUCUUCAAAUAAUUUUUUUCUUUUCUUUUAAUAAACAAAACAAAAAAACUACAUGCUUGUUCUAUUAACAUUUUUUUCCUGAAGUGUAUAUAGACAGAGUGCUGGGUUUAUUUGUGGAAAGAGAGAGAGUGUGUGUGUUAUAUUUAUUGCCUGUAAUGUGUUAAAUUUAUAUAUGUGUAUUUUAAUAUUAAUUUGUAUUUCACCCAGUUUGCAUUCUGUUGUCUACAGGGUGCUAUAAUGGGUCACUCUAUGUGUUGAAUAGACAUGAUGGGAAAGAACAUUGGAUUUUCUCUACCAAAGAUGCUAUCAAAAGUUCACCUACUAUCGAUCCCUUGACUGGCCUGGUAUUUUUUGGGUCCCAUGAUCAUCACCUGUAUGCCUUAGAUAUUAAUGUAAGUAUGUUGUGUUUUUGUUUUCUUUUUUUAAGAUAACCGUCACUUUUUAUUUUCUAUUAUCGUUAUGGAAACCCAAGAAAUCAUUGUCCAUGUAUUAUUAUUAUUAUUAUUAUUGCCAUUUAUAUAGCGCCAACAGAUUCCGUAGCGCUUUACAAUAUUAUGAAAGGGGAUUUAACUAUAAAUAGGACAAUUACAAAUAAACUUACAGGAACAAUAGGUUGAAGAGGACCCUGCUCAAUCAAGCUUACAUUCUAUAGGAGGUGGGGUGUAAAACACAUUAGGACAGGAAUUUGCAAUCAAAUAAGGUGGGCUGCCCUUUAGGAGAGGGCAAGAGACAGGUAUGUGAGGUAGGGGUUAGUCUUGGAGACCAUAAGCUUUCCUAAAGAGAUGGGUUUUAAGGCACUUCUUAAAACAUGCAAGACUAGGGGAGAGUCUGAUGGCGGGAGGCAGGCUAUUCCAUAGGAAGGGAGCCGCCCGCGAGAAGUCCUGCAAGCGCGAGUUGGCCGUACGGGUGCGGACAACGGACAGGAGGUGGUCACAGGCAGAGCGGAGAGACCGCCAAGGGACAUACCUGUGGAUCUGUGAGGAGAUAUAAGAGGGGCUAGAGUUGUUCAGUGCUUUAUAGGUGUGAGUUAGUGCCUUGAAUUGACUCCUAUAGCACACAGGAAGCCAAUGUAAGGACUGGCAGAGGGGUGAGGUGUGAGAGAACCGACUAGAGAGGAAAAUCAGUCUAGCAACAGCGUUCAUUACAAAAUGUAGGGGUGCAGUACGGCUUUUGGGAAGACCAAGCAGGAGAGGGUUACAAUAAUCCAUGCGGGAAAUUACUAGAGCAUGGACAAGCUCCUUGGUAGUAUCUGGUGCAAGAAAGGGCUGGAUGCGGGCUAUGUUUUUAAGAUGGAAUCUACAGGAUUUGGCAACAUGCUGGACGUGAGGCUCAAAGGUGAGACCAGAGUCAAGUAUGACGCCAAGACAGCGCGCUUGCAAGGAUGGGCUGAUGUUGGUACCACAAACUUGAAGGGAGAGCGAAAGAGGAGGAUCAGUAUUAGGAGGAGGAAAGACAAGGAGCUCAGUUUUUGAGAGAUUGAGUUUCAGAAAGCGGGAGGACAUCCAGUCAGAGAUGGAAGAAAGGCAAGCAGUGACACGUUGCAGGACAGCAGGGGAGAGGUCCGGGGAGGAGAGAUAUAGCUGGGUGUCAUCAGCGUACAGGUGGUAGUGGAAUCCAAAUGAGGUAAUAAGUUUGCCAAGAGAGGCAGUAUAAAGAGAAAAUAGAAGGGGACCAAGGACGGAGCCUUGGGGGACUCCAACCGAGACAGGGCGAGGGGAGGAGGUAUCAUUAGAAAAAGAGACACUGAAUGAGCGUUGGGAGAGAUAAGAGGAAAACCACGAGAGGACAGAGUCACAGAGACCAAGCGAUUGCAGAGUUUGAAGAAGGAGAGCAUGAUCAACGGUGUCAAAGGCCGCCGAGAGGUCAAGAAGAAUUAGUAUGGAGUAGUGGCCUUUGGAUUUAGCUGCGAUUAGGUCGUUAGUAACUUUGAUAAGGGCAGUCUCUGUAGAGUGGAGAGGGCGGAAGCCAGAUUGAAGGGGGUCAAGGAGAGAGUUGGAAUUGAGGAAAUGAGACACACGGGUAAAAACAAGUCUUUCCAGAAACUUUGAGGAAAAAGGGAGCAGGGAUAUGGGACGGUAGUUAGAGGGGGUGGAUGGGUCGAGGGAUGUUUUUUUUAGUAUAGGAACUACAGUGGCAUGUUUAAGGUCAGCAGGGACGAUGCCAGAAGAGAGCGAGCAGUUGAAGAUGUGUGUUAGAGAAGGCACGAGACAAUUGGAGAGAGAUCUGAUAAGGUGAGAUGGGACAGGAUCGAGCGGGCAAGUGGUGGGGCGAGAGGAGCAAAGAAGAGCAGCCACCUCUUGGUCAGUGGCUGGGGAGAAUGUCUAAAGGGUAGGAAAGGCAUGAUCUAUGUGUGAUUGAGAAACAGAAAGGCAAGGAGGGGAGAAUUCUUUCCUUAGCUGUUCAAUUUUGUCAGUGAAGUAACAUGCAAAGUUAUCAGCAGUAAGGUUGGUUUGGGGGGUGGCCACAGCGGGGCGAAGAAGAGAAUUAAAGGUGUCAAAGAGACGCCUGGGGUUGCGGGAACAUGAACUAAUGAGAGAGGAAAAAUAGGACUGUUUGGCAAGGGCAAGAGCUGCACUGUAUGAACACAAUAUGAAUCUAUAAUGGAGAAAGUCUGACUGGGUGCGAGACUUCCUCCAGGAGCGUUCAGCACAACAGGAGCAUCUUUGCAGGUAGCGUGUUGAUUUAGUAUGCCAUGGUUGGGGGCGGGUCCUCCUUGAGGUGCUUGUUUGGAGUGGCGCUGCAGUGUUCAAGGCAGAUGUAAGAGUAGAGUUAUAUAUGGAUAUGGCCAGUGAAGGACAGGAGAGGGAAGGGAUGGACAGCAGUUGUGAAUCAAUGUCAGCUGACAACUGUUGGAGAUCAAGAGAAUUAAGGUCUCUCCUGAGUUGAGGCUGGUUAGGCGGAGGUUGUUGGGUGAGGGGGUACGUGAGAGCAAACGAUAAGAGGUGGUGAUCAGAGAGUGGAUACGGAGUGUUGCAGGUAUUAGAUACAGUACAUGCAUAAGUGAAGAUUAGGUCAAGGGUAUUGCCAGCUACAUGGGUGGGAGAAUUUGCCCACUGUGAUAGCCCGAGGGAGGAAGUAAUUGAAAGUAGUUUAUUGGCUGCAGAGGUCAAAGGUGGGUUUAUAGGAAUAUUGAAGUCCCCGAGAAUUAGGGAUGGAAUGUUAGAAGAGAGGAAAUAGGGUAGCCAGGCAGCAAAGUGGUCAAGGAAGAGAAGAGGGGAACCAGGGGGACGGUAAAUAACAGCAAUGUUAGCAGAGAAGGGUUUGAAAAGGCGAAUUGAGUGUAUUUCAAAUGACGGGAAAGAGAGGGAAGGGGGGGUGGGAAGAGGUUUAAAAGAGCAGUGAGGGGAGAGGAGAAACCCAACACCACCACCUUUACAUUCAGAGUUUCUUGGGUUAUGGGUAAGUUGGAGACCACCGAAGGACAAAGAUGCAGGGGUGGCAGUGUCAGAGGAGGAGAGUCAGGUUUCUGUUAAGGCUAGUAAAUCUAUUGAACGAGAGAUGAAGAAGUCAUGGACAGCAGUGGAUUUAGUUAUAUUGCAAACAGAACGUGCGUUCCAGAGGGCAGUAUUGAAGGAGGAUUUAGAGGAACAAGAGAUGGGUAUGAGAUUAGUGUAAAUAACCUAUAUUUGCCUCUUUUUGAUGAAAGCAGCAAAAUUACUUGAUAUUAAACUAUAUGUCAUUUUCUCUUGAGCAAGAAUUUCUGCAUUUCUUUCUUGGAAUUUUUCUUCAAACACUGUUAACAUUAAAUGAACACUAUAGUGUCAGGAAUAUAAAGAUGUGUCACCGUGCUUUCUUGAGCUUCUGGCAAAGAUAUCUCUAAUGUGACAGAGAGGGGUAUUUUUUAUGUACACCCCUACAUACUUAUUAACCCUUAAUAGGGAACACAUGGGAUGGGUGGCAGCAUUGUAACAAAGCUGUGUGAUACAAAAAGUGAAUACAAAUACAAAAAGUCCUGCGCUCACUCCCAUCUCUCCUGGGCAUCAGCAACGACCACAGUACAGAUCAGCCACCAUACAUACAGUAAAAACCAAAGAAAAAGUUACCUGCGCCCAGGAGUGAUGGGAGUGAGCGCAGGACUUAUCUUUUUGUAUUUGUAUUCGCUUUUUGUAUCACACAGCUUUGUUACAAUGCUGCCGCCGAUUCCAUGUGUUCCCUAUUAAGGGUUAAUAAAUAUAUAGGGGUGUAUAUAUAUAUAUAUAUAUAUAUAUAUAUAUAUAUAUAUAUAUAUAUAUAUAAAAAAAAUACCCCUCUCUGUCACAUUAGAGAUACCUUUGCCAGAAGCUCAAGGAAACAAGGUGAAAGGUCAGUGUAGGACCUACAAUGGCCGUUGGAGUAACUAAAUGAUCUCUAUUUGUUUAAAUAUACAUAGGGAUUCAGGAGAGAGCGCAGGUAACUUUUUCUUUGGUUUUUACUGUUUGUAUGGUGGCUGAUGUGUACUGUGGUCGUUGCUGCCACCCAGGAGUCAUGGGAGUGAGCGCAGGACUUAUCUUUUUGUAUUUAUAUAAAGAUGUGUCCCUGACACUCUAGUGCUGGAAUGCAGCAUUUGCUCACUGCUAUAGGUGUGCGCAGCCUAUUGCAUUAGGGUGUGCACCCUAAAGCACAAACACACACCGCAUGUAUAUGUAUGUAUGUGUGUGUAUAUACAUAUACACACACACACAUAUAUACACACACACACAUACGUACACUGCUGUGUGUGUGUGUGUGUAUGUGUGCUGUGUGAGGGUGGUGUAAGGGUGCUGUUAGUGUGAUGUGUGUGUGUGUGAGAGUGCCUUUAGUGUGAUGUGUGUGUGUGUGAGGGUGCUAGUAGUGUGCUAUGUGGGUGAGGGUGUUUGUUUGGGUGCUGUGUGUGUGAGGGUGCUGUUUGUGUGAUUUGUGUGUGUGUGAAGGUGCUGUUUGUGUGAUGUGUGGGUGUCGUGUAUUUGUGAGGGUGCUGUUUGUGUGUGUGUGUUUGUGAGGGGGCUGUUUGUGUGUGUGUGUUUGUGAGGGGGCUGUUAGUGUGUGAGGGUGUUGUGUGUUUGUAAAGUACUGUGUGUGUUUGUGAGGGUGCGGUUAGUGUACUGUGUGUGGGUGCUGUGUGUGUGCUGUAUGUUUGGAGGUAUUGUAGAGGUGGGGGCAGAUCCCCCCUCCCUUCUUACCUUAUGUAGGGAGGGGGGAUCCUUGCUGCCAUGUGCCAUCCCUGGUGGUCCAGUGGAGAGUGAACUCUAGCCUGCGUGGCUAUAGUUAACUCUCGCGAGAUCUGAGCGUUGCCGCGGCAACGCUCAGAUUUCGCGAGAGGAACCUGGCUGUGCUGCUGUCUAGAGCUCCCCGGGUCCUCUCCUUCCUCCUUCCAUGGGCCGGUGAGGUAAAUUUUUGAUCUCCACGCCGGCCCAUGGAGGCUUAGAGCAGAGCCGGCAUUUAGAUAGCGCCAUGUCUGCGUGAGCCGACGGAUCUCCCCUGCCGGCAGGGUCCUGUAUAUAUACGCGUGCACACACACACUCACAGAAUUAAGGUCCCUCCUGAGUUGAGGCUGGUUAGGCGGAGGUUGUUGGGUGAGGGGGUACGUGAGAGCAAACGAUAAGAGGUGGUGAUCACACACACUUACAGACACACACACACAUACACUCACAGACACACACACACAUACUCAGACACACACACCCACAAAUAAUUUUUUUUUAAUUAAAAAAUGUCCACCCAGCCUCCCUACCUAGAGAGCUGGCGUGGACCUGUCUACAGUAGCUGGGAGACGGAAUAUGACAUCAUAUUCCGGGUGCCGGUAUCAGCAAACUGCACGCGGCGCGAGGGAGCAGAGAGGACACAGCUCCCUCACCACGUCUGAUAUGGAGACAGGCGCCCCACAUGGGGGGGUCCAUCACCUAUUGGCCCCCCCAUGACUGGGGAAAUAUGGGGGGAGGAAGGUGGGAAUUUGGGGGCGCUGAGUGCCUGCAGGAACGGUGUUCCUGCUAAAAAAAAGUGCAGGAACUCUGUUCCUGCAGGACUCAAUCCAGAGGUGUGCCUAUGCUCACUACCUCCCCUCUUUCUGGAGAUUAAAGAUGAUUUUACUCACCCUUUCUCAGCCAGUCCAAUCCUUUCCACAUAAAAUCAUUGUGAGGUUAUUGCAUAUGCACGGCAAAAUGCCAUACUGUGCCAAUCAGCAUCUCCUCAUAGAAAUGCAUUGAAUCCAUGCAAUUCUAUGGGGAACAUUCAACGCCUCCAUGUAAAGCGUGGAGAAACUUAACACAGUGCUGCAUAUUGUGGCGAACUGACAGAGGAAGCACCUCUAGUGGCCACCUGAGUGACAGCCACUAGAGGUGUAAUUAUCCAGCAAUGUAAACACUGCUUUUUAUCGAAUACAUGCUUCAACAUUAUGCACCUUUUAUUUGACAUAUUACAUGGCUUAUUAAAGGGACACUAUUGACACCAAAGAAACUUUAGCUUAAUGAAGCAGUUUCGGUGUAUAGGUCAUGCCUCUGCAAUCUCACUGCUCCUCUGCCAUUCAGGAGUUAAAUCACUUUGUUUAUGCAAAGUCAAACAUACAUACAUGUACUUACACAGCCUUCCUAAACACUUCAGGUAAAGUUAGAUCUAAUGUUUAACCAUAUUUUAUUGCACAUUCUAUUUAAUUUAGAAUGUCAUAUCUCCUGCUCUGUUUUAACUUACUAGAGCCUACAGAAGCAUUGGGUGUGAUUAAAGUUCAAUAUACAGAGCAGGAGAUUAAAAAAAAAAAAAACUCCUAAAGUAAGUUAACAUCUCAUUGUAAAUGAAACCAUUUUUUUCAUGCAGGCUGUGUCAGUCAGUCAGUGGAAAGGGAAGGAGUGGUUAAGGCUGCAUAAACAGAAACAAAAGGGAUUUAACUUCUAAAUGGCAGAGAAUUGGGCAGUGAUAGUGUCCGUCACACCACACAGGGCUGUUUAUAAUGCAUGGGGGUAACUGUGACAUAUGGGAUUUGAAAAAGGAUCUGCACGAACAUUGAUAUAAAGGGCAGGUCAUAAGUAAAUGGGUAAACUGGAGUGACAGUUUAAUUUUAAGUUUAUGCCAACAACUAAUAAAUACUUCCUGUUGUAUCCUUGUUUGUCCAUUAGGUGGUAAUGUCUUAGUUUAAUUGUAAAACAGUAAAUCAAGUUAAAAUUAAAUCUCAGUGAUCUGUGUUAUAGCGAGAAUCUUUAGAUUGCUCUUUAUGAAAGUAACCCUGACAUUUUUUUUCUAAACCUACCGUAUAUACUCGAGUAUAAGUCGACCCAAAUAUAAGUCGAGACCCCUAAUUUUACCCCAAAAAACUGGGAAAACUUAUUGACUCGAGUAUAAGACUAGGGUGGGAAAUGCAGCAGCUACUGGUAAAUUUCUAAAUAAAAUUAGAUUCCCCCAAAAAUUAUAUUAAUUGAAUAUUUAUUUAAAGUGUGUGUAUAUAAUAAAUGCUGUGUGUGUGUGUGUAUAUAAUUCAGUGUGUUUGCAUGAAUGCGGUGUGUGUGUAUGAAUGCAGUGUGUGUGUGUGUGUGUGAUGCAGAGUGUGUUUGUGUAUGUCAUGCAGAGCCUUGGUGGGGGGUGGGCAUUUUUUAUUAUUUUUUAAAUUAUUAUUAGUAUUAUUUUAAUAAUUUUUUUGUUAUAUUAUUAGUAUUUUAUUUGUAUUUUAUUAUUAUUUUUUAAUAUUAUUAAUAUUUUAUUUUUAUUUUAUUAUUAUUUAUAUUUUUUCGUCGCCCCUUCCUACAUGGCAGGGAGGGGGGCUCUCAUUCCCUAGUGGUCCAGUGGAUGGGCUGAGAGAGAAGGGAGCUGACAGGAGCUGCAGGAAAGGUAAGUUACAGCUCGCUGCCAGCCCCCAACAGGACCGCCGGGCUUGUAAUGAGCCUGGUGGUCCUGGUCUGUAUUAUGGCAAUGUAAGUUGCCAUAAUACAUAGAAACAUAGAAACAUAGAAUGUGACGGCAGAUAAGAACCAUUCGGCCCAUCUAGUCUGCCCAAUUUUCUAAAUACUUUCAUUAGUCCCUGGCCUUAUCUUAUAGUUAGAUAGCCUUAUGCCUAUCCCACGCAUGCUUAAACUCCUUUACUGUGUUAACCUCUACCACUUCAGCUGGAAGGCUAUUCCAUGCAUCCACUACCCUCUCAGUAAAGUAAUACUUCCUGAUAUUAUUUUUAAACCUUUGUCCCUCUAAUUUAAGACUAUGUCCUCUUGUUGUGGUAGUUUUUCUUCUUUUAAAUAUAGUCUCCUCCUUUACUGUGUUGAUUCCCUUUAUAUAUUUAAAUGUUUCUAUCAUAUCCCCUGUCUCGUCUUUCCUCCAAGCUAUACAUGUUAAGAUCCUUUAACCUUUCCUGGUAAGUUUUAUCCCGCAAUCCAUGAACCAGUUUAGUAGCCCUUCUCUGAACCCUCUCUAAGGUAUCAAUAUCCUUCUGAAGAUACGGUCUCCAGUACUGUGUACAAUACUCCAAGUGAGGUCUCACCAGUGUUCUGUAUAAUGGCAUGAGCACUUCCUCUUUCUACUGCUAAUACCUCUCCCUAUACAACCAAGCAUUCUGCUAGCAUUUCCUGCUGCUCUAUUACAUUGUCUGCCUACCUUUAAGUCAUCAGAAAUAAUCACCCCUAAAUCCCUUUCCUCAUAUGUUGAGGUUAGAACUCUAUCAAAUAUUCUGUACUCUGCCCUUGGGUUUUUACGUCCAAGAUGCAUUAUCUUGCACUUAUCCACAUUAAAUGUCAGUUGCCACAAUUCUGACCAUUUUUCUAGUUUACCUAAAUCAUUUGUCAUUUGGCUUAUCCCUCCUGGAACAUCAACCCUGUUACAUAUCUUAGUAUCAUCAGCAAAAAGACAUACCUUACCAUCAAGACCUUCUGCAAUAUCACUAAUAAAAAUAUUAAAGAGAAUGGGUCCAAGUACAGAUCCCUGAGGUACCCCACUGGUGACAAGUCCAAGCUUCAAUAUAUUCCAUUAACUACAACCCUCUGUUGCCUGUCACUCAGCCACUGCCUUACCCAUUCAACAAUAUUGGAAUCCAAACUUAAAGAUUGCAGUUUAUUGAUAAGCCUUCUAUGUGCAACAGUGUCAAAAGCCUUACUGAAAUCUAGGUAAGCAAUGUCUACUGCACCACCCUGAUCUAUAAUUUUAGUUACCCAAUCAAAAAAUCAAUAAGAUUAGUUUGGCAUGAUCUCCCUGAAGUAAACCCAUGUUGUCUCUGAUCUUGAAAUCCAUGUGUUUUUAGAUGUUCAUCAAUCCUAUCCUUUAACAUGGUUUCCAUCACUUUCCCCACUACUGAAGUAAGGCUUACUGGCCUAUAGUUGCCCGACUCCUCCCUAUUACCUUUCUUGUAAAUGGGCACAACAUUCGCUAACUUCCAAUCUUCUGGGACUACUCCUGUUAACAAUGAUUGGUUAAAAUCUGUUAAUGGUUUUGCUAGUACACCACUAAGCUCUUUUAAUAGCUUUGGGUGUAUUCCAUCAGGUCCCAUUGACUUAUUUGUCUUUACUUUUGACAGUUGAAAUAGAACCUCUUCCUCUGUAAAUACAGAACAAAAAGACAGUGACAGACAGUGACUCGAGUAUUAGACGAGUGGGGGUUUUUCAGCACACAAAAAUGUGCUGAAAACUCGUCUUAUACUCGAGUAUAUACGGUAAUUUACAGUAAAUGCCCAUAAAACAAUUCAAUAUAUUAUUUUUAGUAGUCUUCCUACUGGUUCAUUCCUUUCUGUUGUUUAUACUUUUUUUUAUUUUUUAUUAUUCAAUUCUACAGGGGACCAGAAUUGGAAUAGGAGGUCUGACAUUGGCAUUCCCUGUUCCUCAUUUUACAAAUGAUUUAUUCUGAGAGUUCUUCCAUUGUUUUUGCCUUUUUUCACUCUCUACUGAUCACAAUUCAGUAAAUGAUGUUUAAUUUCACAUUCUGUUAUUACUCCAUUAAGCUACACUGUGUGUAUACCGUUAUUUAAAGACACUGGCAUCAGCCUUUUUAAUUUUAUUAUUUAGUUUGGCUGCAUUUCUUUUCUUUUCUUAUAAUUGUUCCUUUACAAUUUUAAUCUUGCCACCCCCUUCUGGAGUUCUAUCCAUAGGGAAGCACCAAAAUAUUUUCUGCAUCAAAAUAGGAUGCAACCCACUUGUUCUGUACUAAGCUCUGACUCAUGAGAAAAUAAUUGCUUUUUUUUUUUAUAUAUAAUUAUCUUGGCAUUAGAAAUGUAUUUGAUGGCAAUAAACCACUGUAGAACAUUAGAAUAAAUGCAAAUAUGAAUUAAUGCAAGUAACAUUUAAAGUUAUGAAUAACAUGUUUGUUUAUUUAGAAACACUCAUUGGUUUCCAAAGCCUCCACUCAGAAGCACCACUGCCACUUUCUGUACAAUUUUAUUUCACAAAUUGAAAGUAUCCUCUCCUCCCUGGAGAAACCCAAGCCAAGGGGGUGCCCAUCUACAUUCACUGGGUCAGAAUGUCACUGCACACAGCACUGUUCUCAAAACCGUGAACCAGACUGUGUAUAAACGGUUAGCAGCUGUACUAAAAAACUAAAAAAUGGAACUGCACUCAAUCCAAAAAUCAUUGGUGCAACAAAACCUGGGGCCAGCAGCAAGGCCCAAGAAGUAGUGAGUAGUCACCAGACAAAGAAAAUGGUCCAUGCACUCCAAGGCGUAGACAUGCAUUUUUAUUUGAACUACAGUGUCCAGCAGCAACGUUUCGAUCCAAAAAGACCUUUUUAAAAAAGUCCUUUGGAUCAAAACGUUGCUGCUGGACACUGUGGUUCAUAUAAAAAUGCCUAUCUAAACCUUGGAGUGCAUGGACCGUUUUCUUUUUCUGGUGACUACUAGCAGCUGUACUCUAGUCAGAGGUUUAUUGGAUAAUAUCAAUAGACCUCUGACUAGACCAGAAUGAAAGGAGGCACCGUAUUGGUGAAGUCACUUUCUGGUCAGGGAGAUUAGACAGCCCCAUUUUAGCAUACUACAGUUUUUCCAUACAUUUACAAUGCACUAACGACCUAAUAGCAGCUAAAUCCAAAGGUCACUACUCCAUACUAAUUCUUCUUGACCUCUCUGCCGCCUUUGACACCGUUGAUCAUGCUCUCUUUCUUCAAACUCUUCUCUGUGACUCUGUCCUCUCGUGGAUUUCCUCUUAUCUCUCUGAACGCUCAUUCAGUGUCUCCCUUUCUAAUGAUACAUCCUCCCCUCGUUCUGUCUCGGUUGGAGUCCACCAAGGCUCUGUCCUUGAUCCCCUUCUAUUUUCUCUUUAUACUGCCUCUCUUGGCAAACUUAUUACCUCUUUUGGAUUCCACCACCAUCUGUUCGCUGAUGACACCCACAUAUAUCUCUCCUCCCUGGACCUCUCACCUGCUGUCCUGCAACGUGUCAAUGCUUGCCUAUCUUCCAACUCUGACUGCUUUCUGAAACGCAAUCUCUCUAAAACUGAGCUCCUUAUCUUUCCUCCUCCUAAUACUGAUCCUCCUCUUUUUCUCUCCCUUCAAGUUUGUGGUACCCACAUAAGUCCAUCCUUGCAAGCGUGCAUUAUACUUGACUCUGGCCUCACCUUUGAACCGCACAUCCAGUAUGUUGCCAAAUCCUGUAGAUUCCAUCUUAAGAACAUAGCCCGAAUCCGGCCAUUUCUUACACAAGAUGCUACCAAGGAGCUUGUCCAUGCUCUAGUAAUUUCCCGCAUAUAUUUUUGUAACCCUCUCCUGAUUGGUCUUCCCAAAAGCCGUAUUGCCCCUUUACAGUCUGUAAUGAAUGCUGCCGCCAGAUUGAUUUUCUUCUCUAGUCGGUCCUCUCACACCUCACCCCUCUGUCAAUCCUUAAAUUGGCUUCCUGUAUCCUAUAGGAGUCAAUUCAAAGUGCUAACCCAUACCUAUAAAGCACUUAACAAUUCUAACCCCUCUUAUAUCUUUUCACAGAUCCAUAGGUAUGCCCCUUCUCGGUCUCUACGCUCUGCUCAUGACCACCUCCUGUCCGCUGCUCGCACGCGUACGGCCAACUCACACUUGCAGGACUUCUUGCGGGCAGCUCCCUUCCUAUGGAAUAGGCUUCCUACCACCAUCAGUCUCUUCCCUAGUCUUCAAUUAUUUAACCCUUUAAGGACACAUGACGGAAACAUUCCAUCAUGAUUCCCCAAUAUUCCUGAAGUGCCUUAAAACCCAUCUCUUUAGGAAAGCUUAUGGCCUCCCAGACUAACCUCUACCUCACAUUAUUGUCUCUUGCUUGCUCCUAAAGUGCAGCACUCUACUCUCUCCUCAAGCUCUGCUUCACUCUCACCUUAUUUGUUUGCUAUUUCCUGUCCUAAUGUGUUCUAUACCCCACCUCCUAUAGACUGUAAGCUCCUGUGAGCAGGGCUCUCUUCAACCUAUCGUUCCUGAACGUUUUCUUGUAAUUGUCCUAUUUAUAGUUAAAUUCCCCCUCUAAUAAUAUUGUAAAGCGCUAUGGAAUCUGUUGACGCUAUAUAAAUAGCGAGAAUAAUAAUAGACCAAUACAAAUAUAUAGUGGGCUGAUGAACUGGUCAAACUUAGUAGAAAUCAUUACACCUUUACAGACUGAAGAUAAAAUAUUCAAAUGAGACUCACUGACUCAGAACCCAACCUCAAGAUAAAAAAAGCAGCGUGGGAUCACGUGUAUAGAACACGAUAUUGACGUUUUUAUAAUGUUCUACGUUUUCCAUGUUGUAUAAGAUGCAUUGUAUUUUCUGCAAUGUACAUAGUGCACUUUUAUCCAGAAACAACACUUUUUUCUUCAGAUAAAUUACUUAAAGGAACACUAUAGUCACCUAAAUUACUUUAGCUAAAUAAAGCAGUUUUAGUGUAUAGAUCAUUCCCCUGCAAUUUCACUGCUCAUUUCACUGGCAUUUAGGAGUUAAAUCACUUUGUUUCUGUUUAUGCAGCCCUAGCCACACCUCCCCUGGUUAUGAUUGACAGAGCCUGCAUGAAAAAAAAACUGGUUUCACUUUGAAACAGAUGUGAUUUACCUUAAAUAAUUGUAUCUCAAUCUCUAAAUUUAACUUUAAUCACAUACAGGAGGCUCUUGCAGGGUCUAGCAAGCUAUUAACAUAGCAGGGGAUAAGAAAAUCUUAAUUAAACUUGCUAUAAAGAAAGUCUAAAUAGGGCUCUCUUAGCAGGAAGUGUUUAUGGAAGGCUGUGCAAGUCACAUGCAGGGAGGUGUGACUAGGGUUCAUAAACAAAGGGAUUUAACUCCUAAAUGACAGAGGAUUGAGCAGUGAGGCUUCAUUAAGCUAAAGCUGUUCAGGUGACUAUAGUGUCCCAUUGUAAAGCGCUGCGGAAUUUGACGGCGCUCUAUAAAUAUCAUAAUAAUAAUCUGUUCUGAGUGGAUUAACACUUUUGCUGAGCACUGCAGAUCAGCAACACAGGGAGUGCCAGAGAAUUAUUUAGGUGCUGAUUCCACUGACUUGUCUAAUAGUUGCACAACAGAACUUUUCAGCAGUCCUGUAUAUAUAGGAGUUGUUUACUUACAAAAGUGGAAUUAACUGCAGAAAACCAUGAUGUUGACAUUAGACAGGAGCAAGUGGACCAAUUGACACAAAAAAUUAAUUGAUCAGAGAGGUGAAUUGAAAGAAGAAAUGGACAGCUCUCUUCCACACUGUAAAAAGAAACAAUUACAGAAAUAUCCCCGUAAACUCAAUAAAAUAUACUAUAUAUAGAAGGUCCUUUACCAUUCCUCUCCAUCAAAUGAUAAUCUAGAUAAUGCAAAUGAGCCCUGCCUCUCAUUUAAUUUCAAAACCAGUGCAUUAGACACAAACCAUGAAUUGGAGAGGUAUAUCAGGGUAAAAAAACUUGCAUUGGUUAGCUGUAAGGUACAUGGAGAGAGACAUUUUAGUUACGACUGGCCUGUGUGGGUAGGACCAGUCUACUGGUCUUUGCUUUGAUUCCCUUUUGCUUUGCUUCCUUUUGUGAAGGCAAACACGCUAUAUUUGAAACCACUGAACUACCCAGAGAGCAAGCUAUUUUUUGUUUUGUUCAUAGGUUGAACACAUUAGAGACCCAGUUGAACCAGUUCCCUCUAUAAACUCACUGCAAUUGUGGGCAGGUCUUUCCAUUAGUUAGAAGGCAGUAAAUUUGUACACUGAACCUAUUAGUGAAGUGAGUGGAGCCAUUCUUUCUGUACAGUGAUCAUGGUAAAUAUGCCAAAUGAUCCGUCCUCAAUUCAAAUAAAUGUUUACUUUUCAUUGACUUCAGAAUGUGUUUUUGGACCUGAUCCCCUCGUUGUUGUCCAUGCAGGUAAAGCAGUGUAUCUGGAAAUCAUUCUGUGGCGGAGGAGCUGUGUUCUCAUCUCCCUGCAUAAGUUCUGAGCCAUACAUCUUGUAUACAGCUACUCUCGGAGGCUUCAUUUCAGCUUCUAACCCGGUAAGUCCUGAUUGAUGAUCAAAGGUCUCUUUGCAUACUGUAUCGGUGAUUCUUGAAUAUUUACAGCUUGUUUGUAUGAUGCAACUGUAUUAUUUGUAACACAUUAUCACUGUAUAUAGUGUGUGUGUGUGUGUAUAUAUAUAUAUAUAUAUCAGAUAUUGUAGCUGUAUUAGUAAAGUGAUACAGAGGUAAAAUAACAGUUGAAAUUAGUAUCUUGUAAUAAUGUUUUAUGAGACUAACAGAAUUUAGGGGGGAGAGGGGGAUUUUUAGCAUUUUGGCCCUCUCUACAUUAGUUCAGCCACUGCUUGUGAUACCGGGGUAAAGCGACAUGAGUGCACGUAAAACAGAGAAAAAUAGUGACCAUUCUCACAGAGGGUCGUAAAUAUUUUGUUUAAGGAUCACAGAGUGAGGGGGGAGAGAUAUAAAUAAAUAAAUAAAAUAACAGUGCAGGGGCUGGUACUAGGAGGUGGAGAGUUAAAAAAAAUAGUUUCACAGAUUAAGAAUGCAUGUACUCACAUCCAAGAAUCAAGAACAUGCAAGAUGUAAAUAUUUGGUAAAAUUGGUUAAAAUGAUACUGUAACACAGUAAUGUAGAAAACAUGAAACUAUGCUGACUGUAAUGAAUGGUGACACAGUAUUGUUUUGCUGCAGAGGGAUUUAGAUAGAUUGGAGGACUGGGCCCCUUAGAUGGCAAAUAAAAUUUUAUGUAAAAAAAAAGUAAAGUUAUGCACUUAGGGGUAAAGAAUGCACAAGCAACUUACACUCUAUAUGGUGGUGAAUUAGGGAUAACCGCACAUGAGAAGGAUUUGGGAAUUGUUAUAGACCACAAACUAGGUAACAAUAUACAAUGUCAAUCAGCAGUUGCUAAGCCCAGUAAGGUUUUGUCAUGUAUAAAAAGGGGCAUUAAUUUUUGGGAUGAAAAUAUAAUUUUGCCUCUUUAUAAAUAACUGGUAAGACCAGACCUUGAACAUGCUGUGCAAUUGUGGGCAUCUGUUCUAAAGAAGGAUAUUAUGGCACUAACAAAAAGUGAAUAGACGGGCUACUAAAUUUAGGUAUGAAGAAAAGAUAAUAAAUAUAAACCUCUUUAGUUUAGAAAAACGGCAAGUCACUAUUGUCUGAAAAUCUUUUCAUAGACAGGAGUAUACAUAGGACAUGAGGUCACGAAGAAAGGAGACUUAGUCUAAUGCAAAUGAAAGGUUGUUUUUUUUUAUUUUAUUUUUUUACAGUAAGAACAAUAAGGAUGUGGAAUUCUCUGCCUAAAGAGGUGGUUUUAUCAGAGUCUUUAUAGAUGUUUAAACAGCAAAUGGAUGAAUACUUGCUAAAACACAAUAUGCAGGGAUAUAAUUUUUAAUUAGUGGGUGAAUAGCUUCUUGAUCUAAUGAGAUAUCUGACUGACAUUCUGGGAUCAAGAACAAACUUUUGUCUUAGUUUGUUGCCAAAUAAGAAACGAUUCAGACAGGGGUUUUGCCUUCUUUUGGACCAACAGCAAAACAUUUUGAGAAAGGCUGAACUUGAUGGACAGCUGGCUCUUUUCAGCUAUGUAACUAUUUAAAGGACCACUCUAGGCACCCAGACCACUUCAGCAUAAUGAAGUGGUCUGGGUGCCAGGUCCCUCUAGGAUUAACCCUUUUUUUUAUAAACAUUACAGUUUCAGCCUCCAAAGCCUCUAGUGGCUGUCUCAUUGACAGCCGCUAGAGGUGUUUGCGUGCUUCUCACUGUGAAAAUCACAGUGAGAAGACGCCAGCGUCCAUAGGAAAGCAUUGUAAUUGCAUGCGCAUUCAGCCGAAGAGGAGGAGAGGAGGAAGAGAGCUCCCCGCCCGGCGCUGGAAAAAAGGUAAGUUUUAACCCUUUCCUCUCCCCAGAGCCCGGCGGGAGGGGGACCCUGAGUAUGUUUUCCUGGCACUAUAGUGGUCCUUUAAGACAAUGUAUUGGUAGAUGUGAGUGGUGCUCCAUACUAGCUGCUGUAAGGAAAUACUGACUCUUCCCAAGUCUCGUGUUUUGGUACAUCUACCAAACUGGACCUGAAACUAAUUAUCAGAAUGGUUAUAGACCCCUAAUCCCCUGUUCUUUGUCUCUUCCCUCUGUCAUUCCCUGAGUUGUAGUGACAUUUUUAACAAUACCUGAAACAGAAAACUCGUUAGUGGGAGCAACUAUAUAACGCCCAGGUACUCGAUGACCUAUGUUAUGCCAAGUGGCAAAACAACUAAGCUAAAUUGGUAACUUGGGAACCUAACUAGUUGCCAAGAGAUGAUGAGAGGCUCUACCUAUGAGUUGGGCCAUUGAAUAAUUUUGCCACCGAGCGUUGUGACGGGGUGUUGGCCUCUCGGUGACCAUCAAAAAGAUUCAAGAUAGGUUGGCCGUGACAGGUGAGGACCUAAGUCCUUUGCCAAGAGGGUGGAGAUGUGAGGCACUAAGUAUGAUUUGUUCCGGGACAGCUAUGUAAAGGCACAAGAAGCCCAAAAAAGUACUAACUAUGGCCACCUGGAGUACCCUAAGACCAACCUAAAGGUAACAUUCUGUAGAGCAAGUGGUUGUCGUAAGGAGGGAGGUAGAUUUGUAAAGCAAGUUACUUGCACGGUAACUUGAAAAAACGUGAAUAUGAAACAAUGAAAAUGACAUACCCAUGGAAGAUUGAUGAAAGCGAGAAGAUUGAUGUUACUAACACUGUGAAAAUACGGCAGAGUGAUUGCCAGUUAGGUAGGUAGGUAAAGUAAGUAAGAUGAGCCCAGAACACUGAAAUACUCUAGUGAUACCUGUUACCAAAACCGAAGGAAAUUGAACCGUAUAAUAAAUGUUAAUCAUAUAUAUAGCCCGAGAUAAUCAAUGGUAAGUUUAAAGCCUGCAUGUUGUAUUGAUACGUAAGAUAUAUCAUAAGGGAGGUGACCAGAAUAAAGUAAUAACACGACCACUGGGAAGCAAUGGAAUAAAAUAUUGACUUGUGGAUAACCAUCGACAAGUUUGGAGCAAGUGCUCCAACAUAGGUAUUGCGACAGUAAAGCAUAGUAUAAAACAUAAGAGUGAGGAAAUGUAAAGUAACUGAAAAUAAAAAUUAAUAUGAAAACAUUUAACUUGUAAAAGAGAAUAUGACAUGCCUCCAAAAAAUAAAACCUGGUAUACUUAAUGAAGUAGUGAGGUGUGCAUACUUCAUACCCCUAAGCAAAGUAGACUGUUACUUACGUAAAUGAUCAAUUUUACCUAAUAAAUUGAACCAUGAGAACCUGUAAGGGAAACUGUUCCUGUAGAUGAGUGGGGAUGUUUAGUUUAAGAACAUGGUCCCCAUUACCCCUUGCUUCUGACAACCAGUAAUCGUAUGACGAACUAAAGCAAUGUACACCCUUGUAGUAUUACAAAGUACUUAGUACUGAUCAGGUGACAUAGAACCAUUUAACAUACAGAUACAUACUAAUAACACAAAUAACAAUACCAACUGUGUGUAGUUUGGGGUUCAAGUAUCAGGUAGCUAAGAUCCAUACACAUCAGAGCCCGCUACCUAUAUAAAACUAUUAUUUUUUUUAACAAAACUAUCCAGUACCAUGCCGGAAGCUUCAAUGAGACACCAAGGACAACAGCCAGACAACACCCUAUUGUGCAGAGAAAUACCAUAAUGAAGCAACUAAUAAAAUGUGUUGUAUGCAUGAAAGUAUGAAGGUGCUAAAAAUAUACAGUAGAAGCUUACCUUUAGUCCUGGAAGUAACUGAUGGCAUAACAAAAAUGCUAUGUAAAUGCCUACUGACAAGUAGCAUGACUAAACGAGGCUUAAAAUUAGAAACAGAAAGCCUGGCCGAAUGUAAAGAAUUGUAGUGACCCAGAUCGGAAAAUUAGUGCGGAUCGUGGCUCCUUACAAAUGUUUGUCACCCAUUGAUCAUUCCUCUUUAGUUUAAUUCUACAGGAAUUAUGCUAGAUAUAUGUGAUUGUUGACCUUAAACACAAAGUGGCAGUUCUUUUAAAAAUGAUGUUUUAAAAAUAUUUCUAGGUGAGAUGCAAGUUGGAUAGUCUCACAUUUAGCAUGCCAAUCUCUUCGUGUGGUGCUAUUCAUCAGCCAUGUUUAGUUUAAAAUAGAUUUAUCCCUUGAUGAUUUGCAUGCUGAUAAUAUACUCACACAGGCAGAAUUAUAUACAAAAUAGCUUUCUCCUGUCUGUUCUAUUUUGUGUGGAAAUAACAAGAGAAUCACAUAAUCACUUAUGCAGAUCUUUUCUUUAAAAUGUCCCCUUGGUUUUUACCCCUACAGUCUACUGGAGAUACGUUAUGGAGGCAUGCGUGUGGCAAACCUGUGUUUGCUUCACCUCAGUGCAACACGAAACAUGUGUUUGUUGGAUGUGUGGAUGAAAACUUCUAUUGUUUUAGUCAUUCAGGAGAGAAGGUAAGAGCGAACAUGCUAAUGGAACCUUAGUUCGAAGUGUAUGUCGACGGCCUUUAUUUAUUUUUAUUUUUUAUAUAAAUCUUUAUUAGAAUUUUCUUUCUUUUCUUUUUUUUACAAAAAACUCACAAAACAUAAACAUUCAAUACAAAAAAAUAUAUACUUUAGGGGUCAUCCGGGGGUUAGUCUGUCCAAUUUAAAUCUUUCGAUAUCUCUCCAUAGGAAGGCAGUUUAGUACUUGUUUAGACUUUCCCUGGGGUCCAGUGGGGCUGCUAUUUCUGUGUGCGAAGGAGCAGUGAUCUUCCUGCAGCUACUCCCUGCUCCCUCGCACUGUCUGCAGUGAUGUCAGGGCCGGAAUUACAUCAUAUUCCGGCUCCUGUCAUCAUUACACAGUGCAAGGGAGCAGAGAGAAGCUGCAGGAAGAUCACUGCUCCCUCGCACGAUGCCCCUGCCUGCUGCUUCCAUUCUCGCCUCCACGAUCACCGAGCCGGUCGCCUCCAUAAGAAGUAUUAAAGUGUAGAUUUUAUUUAUUCCAUAGUUAACUUAUCUAUUGGUGCUAUUUAGUAUUGCUUAAUCAUGCAUAAUUUAGAAUACGGGAAAAUAUCAUAUACUUAUUAACUUCAUUCUGUAUAGUAAUAGUGUAUCCUUUUCAUUUUACCAUGUGAUUACUUAUUUGUUCAUUAUUAACUAGUGUAUUUCUUCUUAUCUAUUAUCUAUUAUAUACAUCUUCUUUUAUUUUGCUCAUUCCCUUGCCCCUCCUUCCUCCCCUAACUCUCCUUCACUCUCUUUUCCCCGAUCUCCUCCCCUUCCAUCUCACCCUAGAGACAUGAGAAAUUUUAGGAAUUUAUCUUUCUCUAAAAAAAAAAAAAAAAAAACAUUUAAAACCGUUUCUUUAAACGGAAAAAACAAAAAGGAAAAAAGCUCCUCUUUCAUUUAUGUUUUUGCCAGAGUCCCAUAGCAUCAAUUUCUCUUUUGCUUGUGCGGCAUUUGGACAUACAUGAAUUCUAUCCGUAUAUAAAAUUCUCAGCUUAGUAGAAAAGUCCCAGGAAUAAGUUAUGUGAUUGUCUCUAAGAUUUCUGGUACAAUCAUUAAACUUUUUUCUGCUUUGUCGUAUCUCGACCGAGAUAUCAGCAAAUGUCCUUAACUUUGCAAGUUUUGGGAUGGUACUAGGAUUUUUCCUCAAUUCUUUUAAAGAUAGAUCCUUGAGUUGUUAAAUCGGAUUAUCACAUCCCUAGGAACAUUUGGCUGGGUUUAGAUACGCUGGUUUUGGGAGUCUGUGGGCUCUUUCAAUGGGAGCUGGUCCAGAAAGCAUUAGGUCAAUAUAUAGUGCGAGCAUCUCCAUUAAACAGGGAAUAAAGGUCUACCAUUUCUUCCGGAAUUCCUCUUAUCUUUAGGUUUUGUCUGCGCGGUCUGUCGUCUUGGUCUAUCACUUUUUCUUGUAGUUUAGAUAUCGUAUGGGUUGCAGGAUCUAGUUGAGUUUGUAGGUCAUUGCUUUUCAUUUGAAUUUGUUCUAUAUACUGAGAUUGUAAGGCAAUUGUGGAUUCUAAUUGAGAGAGGUAUUCUUUAUAUUCAGCCAUGGUUUUAUCCAAGUCUCCUUUGAUUCUCUGAUACAGAGCUUCUAAAGUUGUGUUUAAGGUUUGCUGGGAGAUAUCGUCUACUGGUUCAGAGGUAGUUGUUUCCAUUGUUUGAUUCAGGGAAGGCUUAGCCAUUAAUAAUCAGCUUUACCUUUUGGUGAGUAAAAGGCACUUAUUUGUUGCCCCUUAUUAGAGGGAUCUGGUUUAUUUGUUUUUUUUUAAUAUUUUCUAUCUUAUCUACAUUUGGAGGCAUUUUGUUUCUCUAUGAAUCUCUUUAGUUGUUUGUUUUCUUUUUUUUCCCCUCCUUUUUUUUCUCCCCACCCGCCCUUCUUUCCUCAUUUCCUUUCCUUUCUUCCCUUCCUCCACCUCCCUUUCCUUCCUUAAACACACCAUCUUCAACUUUUGCCCCAAGUUUCCACACGUUUCCAAGCCAGUACUUCUCUGUUUCUUGCCCAGCAUUUGCUUCCGUGUUCGUUUGUCUCCCCAGCAUUUCCACCAGCGUUUUCACGUGUCUCUCCGUCUCCUGCAAUGGUACAGCUGACUCAGACCGACAGCUCUCAGUUCAGGCUCUCCUUUACAGUACUGGGUAUCGCGGUGAUUGUCAUGAUCGUGAUCUAGUUUUCCGCUCUAGUGUAUAGAUGAUCACAUACCUCUCUCAUAACCUUCGCCUCCUCAGUUCAUUGAAGCUCAGGCCGCACUGUCAAAUGCGCCGAUUGCUUUUAACCCCUUAAGGACCAAACUUCUGGAAUAAAAGGGAAUCAUGACAUGUCACACAUGUCAUGUGUCCUUAAGGGGUUAAUAGUAAUAGUUAACAAUGUCUGACUUGGGGAGAGGUGCACUGGCAUUAUUUUUUUAUUAUUAUUUUAUUUUAACACUGAUCAUAUCCAUGAAGUCACAAGCUAUCAGACAUUAAAGGGACAUGUAAGGCUCCCAUGCAUAUUAGAUGUAAUGUGUAAGUUCGGUUACUGUUCGUUAUUCUGGGUAGUUUUUGUUUUUAUGUUUCUUUUAUUCCUGCAUAGAUUGUUAUGACUUGUAGAAUCUUCUACAACAGAAAGCUAACAAUUGAAUAACAAUACACAUUAAUUCCCAUUGUGCUCAUUUGAGCAAUGCUUAAAGGGAUGCUUGAGGCACCAAAACAACAUUAGCAUCGUGGAGUGGUUUAGGUGUGUAGUACAUGCCUCUGACGUCUCACUGCUCAGUUUUCUGCCAUUUUGGAGUUAAAUCACUUUGUUUAUGCUUCCUAUCCCCACCUUCCCUGGCUGUGACCUAUACAGCCCCUCUACAUAUAUCCUGAAAAACAAUCUAAUUUUUAAACUUCCCUUAAUGAAAAGUGUGUUUAUUUUUUUUAAGUUAUCUACUGCUUUGUUAAUUGCCUACUGGAGCAUGCAACAGCCUCCUGUGUGUGAUUAAAGGUUCAUUUACAGAGAAAGAGGAAGGGUGUGUGAGUAAAUGCCAGGGGAGGGUGUAAAAAAAAAGUGAUUUAAAUCCAAAAUGGCUGAAAGCUGAUCAAAACUGUAGGUGCACAAUCUAUACACCAAAACCGCUUCAUUAAGGUAAAGUUGUUUUGGUGCCUAGAGUAUUCUAGGUGUGAAUUAUUUUUAGGAAGCGUGCACGCAAUUAAAUAACCAAUUUGGACAGGAGCAGAUAGAGAUCAAAUCAAGUGUUUGAUUAUUUGACUAACACUCCCACCACUUCUUUUUCUCAUAUCAUUAUCCAGGGUGGGCCCUCUAGGCCGCCCACAUUGUCGGCUCCGGCACACCACAACCAAUUUUUCAUAUCACUAUAUGUUUCAUAUAGGGACCUUACAUACCUACUUCUAAUAUGCUCUCAUUAUGGCCUUUGAUGCCCUGACCACAAAUAUAUAUAUAUAUAUAUAAAUUAUUAUUAUUUUUUUUUAUCUGUUUGUUUAUUUUGCUUUUAUUUUUACAGACUUGACACAUAUGCAUUAUUUAAAUCACUUGUUUAUAUUUGCAAACUGAUAACUCUGUGGGGCUAGAGUUCUGGCAAAACAAUUGUCUGCAGGUCAGUUAGGACAAGCAUUACCGAUUGGCAGCCUCAAAUAGACAGGCUCCUCAGCAGAUUCAACAAUCAACAGCCCUCUCUGAUUAGAUCAAAUUGAACAGUUUUAACUUCUGCCACAGUCCUUCCUAAACAUUUCUGAGAGCAUACACUAAUUCAGAGAAGACCAAGUAUCGUAGUACAUGUAUAUGUGACUUCCAUUUCUCAUGGUGCCCAGCCAACCUUCAUUUAUACUACUCACUGCAUAAUGAAAACAUUCACAAGUCCAUUUUAAGUCAUUUCUAGCUAACCUGUGCAUACAUUUAGAUAUGUACUAAACCCAAUUUAAUCUGUCUGACUAAUAAUUUGUCAUGGUUCAUAGAGAUACACUGAAUUUGGAAAAUGCAGUAACCACUGUAUGACAGUUAUAAUACAAGUCUGGUAAUUAAACUGUCUGUCAGUGAUUUCUUGGGAGUCACACUAGUAUUGUUAACUGAGGUUAUGGAAUUUAGAACUGUCAUCAGAAAAGUGACAGUUUCUCUUUAAGUGUGCUGGCCCAGUGUAUUGUUCUUGCAGAUCACUCUACACAGUAAUGAAAAUGUCAUUUUCUCAGAAAUUAGCAUAUUUGCUAAAUAGUUUGUAUUUAUACUAAUUAGUACAAAAUCAUAUCUGUGAAUAAACAUUUGUGAUUCGAUUCUGACAAAUAUUUUGUUCUCUUUUUUUGGCUAUUCUUGCACAGGUUUGGCAUAUUACCACCAGCGGGCCAAUAUUUUCCUCCCCGUGUAUUUCAAGUAUUUCCCAGAAAGUCAUUUUUGGCUCACAUGAUGGCUUCAUCUAUUGCUGUGACAUGGAGGGCGUUUUACUUUGGAAAUACAAAACCAGCUCAAGGGUGUAUUCCACUCCAUUUGUGUUUCCACACCCACACACGCAGAACAUGGAAUUUGUGGCAGCUGCUUCUACAGAUGGGAAUGUGUGGGUUUUCAAUGCUGGCAGCGGGCUCUUGGACACUGUGUAUAAACUUGACGGAGAAGUAUUUUCUUCACCCGUUGUUUGGGGAAAUUACCUGGUUAUUGGCUGCAGAAAUGAUUAUGUCUAUUGUUUGGAUCUAAUGAGCAGCAGAUCAUCCAUAUGAAGAUUUAGAGGAGGACUAAUUUUGACUACCGUGUAGUUAUACAAGAUGCUGGUGGAAAUAUGUAGCAGCUAGGUCUGUAAUGCGAUAUGCAUCCGGUUAGGACCAAAUAUUGACCAUAUAUGGAUAGGGGGUGUGUUUUGGACAAUUAGCACACCUGUACUUAAUAGAGCUUAUUAUGUGGGGUAUAUAUGUUUGCACUAGCAGUUUCUGUUUAGAUUGCAUCUGAGGAAGACCUAUUUUGGUUGAAACGCGUUGUGCUGUUCAUAUUUGAUUGUUUUAUCUAACUUUUAUGAGAAUAAAGAUUAUUCUAUUUUAUUUUGGUUCCUGAUUCUUCUGGAUAUCCUUAAGUUCCAGUAAGACCUCAUCUAUUACCAUCUAUCCUUAUUGUGGAUGAAUUGUAUCUAUAGUUCAGAGCCAAUCUUUAAAAUGGUUCUGUAAAUAGUGAGUGUUCAAUUUUAACCCAUCUUAAUAUUGUUUUUGUUGUUGUUUUUUUAACAUAUUAUACUAUAUGGG